AUGGUCAGUGAGGAGAAGGUAGGGUCUGAAAAAGAGACUUUUUAUGUUUUUUUUCUUAAUAAUCGUUAUGGAACGGAUGCAUUUUAUACAGCCACAUGCAAUAAGAUCAGAGAGUGUUUACUUAUUUAUAAUCUCGUUUGGCGGAGUAAGAAAUUAACCUGUAAAAGUGUAGCACAUCCAUUUGUGGCUUUUCUAGAAAGGGAUAUGAAAUAAUGGAUUUGGGAAGAACACUUUAAGCUGGUGAGAUAGAUCAGUGGUUAAUGUUGUAACUGUUGCGUUGAGUUGUGGGUUUGAUUCUUGGUAGAAUUAAUUAAACAUUUCACCAAUCUAAGCUUGAAGAAAUCAGCACUAUUAAGUUGGGUAAUGAUAACAUCUCGAUCUGAGGAUGUACUCGGACAUUAAUGAAAGCUACAUGUAGCUUUCCUGAAUAAAUACCUUUACCUCAUUAGAGUGCACUCUGCCUUUUUCAAAUUCAAUUUUUAUUUUAAUAUCUUUACAUGGCGCAGAUAAAAUUGAAUAUGUGACAUAGUGGCACUUUAGAGGUAAUAUGUUAUAUAUGAUUUUUGCCAACCAUUUCCCCUGCUACUGUAUAGAUAAUUUUAAAGAGAAAGUGCAACUAUCCAGGAUUUUAAUAUUAUGUUUAUUUUUCACCUAUAUUGAACAAAUAUGUAUUUGCGAGAUCUGCAAGUUACAUUUUAAAAGUAGAAAUCUACACCUGUACAUAUACCUCUAGCCUAAAACUGUGUGCAUCAAUCAUAGUUAUAAAAACAGCCUUUACACCAAUGUCAAUUGGCAUAGAUAGAACAACAAUAUUUCUGCUUUUACUCCUCAUUUGCAUUGAGUGUCUUUUCUGUGCCUGAACUGGACUGUGAUGUCACUGGCUAAAUCUUUACUAUAUAUUUAAAAUAUAAUGAAUUAUUACGUGAAAUUUUAAUGUUGCAUAUUUUCCUGUGAAAUCAUAGUUUCAUCUUAAAGUUUUUUUUUAAUUAAAGAGACAGUGUAGCACCCAGACCACUUCAGCUCUGCAUUAGGACCUCCAGCGUAAGAUUUUCCUCAUAGCAAAGCUUUUAAUAAUGCUUUCCUACAGGGAAAUCCUAAUGCGAGUGCGGUCAUUGCCACGAAUGCGUCAUUAUGUUUCCCCCGCCGGCUAACGUCGGCGGGGGAGGAGCAUGGGCAGAGCCUGACCCAGUGCUGGGGGACAUCGGCGCUGGAUUCAGGUAAGUGACUGAAGGGAUUUUAACCCCUUCAGUCCCAUAGGAGGUGGGGGUGCUAGGGAGGGUGCACUGUGGGAGCUUAAAUUGUCAGGAAAAUGGCUUUGUUUUCCUGGCACUAUAGAAUCCCUUUAAGAGUUCAAAUCAUCUCUUGGCAUAAAAAAUAUAUAUUUAUAAACUGUUAGAAAUGUUUAGAUGUAACGUCCAGUAGAGGAAGAUCAGCUAUCCGCAUGUUCCCACAAUGCCUAGCAUUGCAUCCUAUUAUGGUAUACCAUGUCUGGGACUUGGGGGGACUACUAAAGUGUGUCCAUCUUACAGCACUAAGCCAGGACCAAACUUAGGGCAACUCUAAAUUAUUUCCUGCCUACAAAAUGUGUGGGUGUCAGUGUGUGCCACCAGUAAUUGUUCAAAUUGUGCAGUUAAAACGACAGAUAAAAUCUGAAUUAAUAUAAUUUACUUUGCUGGUACCGACCUUGUAAAUAUUUUCACUGGUGAUUUGUAUUUAGUCCUAGGAGGUUCGUUUCUGUCGGUAACAAUAACAUAAUAUAUGUAGAUAAGCAUAUAUUAAUUAUAAAGUUAUAUCUCCACUGAUUUAAUAAACCUCAUACUUAAUGUUCAAUUUCAGGCUCAGGAUGAAGCUCCGCCUAGCGGCAGUUUGGAAGUCGUGUCCGUGUCUGAGGAAGAAUUGCCAGUCGUGGACAUUGCAUUCUCUUACUUUCGAUUUUUCCUGACACAAAGGAAAGUAGAACCUGGAGAAAACAGAUCAGGUAUAACAUGACCUCCACCUCUCUCUCUAUAUAUAAUGGUGCGAGAUAGGAUGUCCAGGUAAUUUUGGUUCUACAAGAAGGAGGUUCUCCAUAAAAUGGAAGUCACCAUAAGAAAUUAAGUGAGUUUUCCACCAAAAAGAAAUGUCCAUUAGAAAGUGUUCUCCGUCAGAAAGACGUUGUAAUGAUAUUGAUGUUACAAAGUUUUGGAGUCCAGUAGUCAGAUCAGCAAUGUUUUCUGCCAGAGGUAGCCACUCGUUACCCAGGUGGUUGAGCCCCUGAGCCUUGAGUGGCCUUCUGGUCUUAAGCAGAGAUGGGAGACUGGAACAGAAAGAUGAUAAUCGUAGUGAGGCAAGCCGAGGUCAGUGGGAAGGAGAAGCAGCAAAGUCAAAACAGUCCAAAUUCAGCAACAGGAAGGAGAAACAGGAACACGCUUGAUUAGAGAGUACAGGAACCACAAUAAUCUGGCAAAGGUACAGAGACAGGAAGUGGCUUUUAUAGGACAAGAACCAGACACCUGACCAGACACAGCUGAAGAGUGUUGUCACUGAUAACCUUGACUCUACAAGCAAUGGUAUAAGAUUUCAGGUAAAUUUGCAAAAGGCAGGCUGGUGUACUGGUAAGGAAAAGGUUUAGCACCAUGUAAACCAGGGUUCGAAACCCAGCAGAGUCAGUUCCUCACAGACGUAUAUAUAAGAUAAAAACCCUAAGAUAGAAGUCACUAAAAGAAGUCACUAUAAUCUAGCAGAUGGAAGUCACCAUAAGAAGUUUUCCUCCGUGAGAUAUAAGUCUGUAUUAAAAGAUGUCCUCUGCAAAUUUUAAGACACCGUAAAAAGUGUUUUCCCUGAGAUAGAGGUCAUUGUAAAUGUAUUCCAUAAGACUCCAUAAGAAGGUGUUAACCAUGCGAAUGAGCCAUCAUGAGAAGGUACAUUCCUUGUGGUCCCUGGUAGAGGGAACUAAAGAGGUUAGGGCAGAAUAGGACUCGGAAAUCCUGACUGUCCUGCCAAAAGUGAGACUGUUGGAAGGUCUGCUUUAUGGUGGUGAUGGUGAGGCCCUGGCUGUCAAUGUGGGAAAGCAGCAUUACCAGCUGUUGUACCCUGCAACCCAGCAUCCCAGUGCAGCAACACCCACUGUCAGUGUACCACUUGGCCCUGCGUAAUAGUUCAGGUCACACACUUCCAAUUUCAGUGCGCAUAUUGGAAGAAUCUGAUUUCCUCAUACUGCCGGGCAGCACUUUCAAGCCCUGUAUAGAAGAAGGCAGAAUUCAUUAGUAUCCUGAAAAUAAUGGCAUCCCUAAACAAAAUACAAUUGUGUUUUUUUCUGCAUUCAUUUUAAUGUUUGUGAUAUCUUAGCAAUGAAAAUAAUUUUACUCUGCUGAUCUACUUAAGAGUUUAUAUGAAUCAGUAUAACAUUAUUAAAAAAAAAGUGAACAUUUUAAUUUGUACUGAUUUGUGCGGCAGAUUUUAUAAUGUGCAAUCAGUAUUCAGAUUAACAUACAAUGUCUUGUGGGUUUCAUUAGUUAACAACCACACAGCUGUGUCCAACACGAUCUUUGUUCUCCAUCGAACCUAAAUAUAAUUAUCCCUACUGAGCCUCAGCCUUGGUGAUUAAGCUGUGCAAACUCAGCUGCAACAUAGACGUGUAUUUAAACAGCCAGUGUGUACAUCUAACCUUCUCUAAUCCUCUUAAUGCCAUAAGGGUGUGCUUUACAAUGCUUUGUUUAAUCUCUGAUGGCUGAAUAUCCUUAAAUGAGCAGUGAAGGCUAAAACUGUUAUUCCUGGUAUCUGUGCAGUAAAUCAUAGUUUGCUUCACUGCCCUGGGAUUCUGAGAUUCAUGAUGCAGUGGCAGUCAGUGUUCUGCACACUGGUUUCCUCAAUGAAUAAACUUGACUUCAAAGGGAAUCUGUCUGCCUACCCCCCUGUCUGGUUGUAACAGACAGACAAAUGGAAGCGGCUCUUCCGUCACAAUGUAAAGGAGCACUGGGCAGAGUCUCAUAAACAUGUUUGGCUGAACUUAUUUCAACAUAUCUUAUAUCGCAACUAGAGCAUGGCUGCCUAGUUGAUUUUAGAAUUGAGGAAUCAUUCACUAAGCUCAUUGAAAAAAGGUUAAAGGGGCACUCUAGUAACCAAAACAACUUAAGCUUAAUGAAGCAGGUUUCGUGUAUAAAUCAAGCCCCUGCAGUCUCGUUACUAAAUUCUCUUCCAUUUAGGAGUUAAAGCACUUUGUUUGUUUAUGCAGCCAUAGCCAAAUCUCUCCCGGCUGUAACUCAGACAACCUACAUGAAAUGUGGUUUCAUUUUCAAUCAUAUCUUACAGCACAGUGUGUUUACUUUAGAUGUUUUUAUGUCCGUUUAAUUGAACUUUAAUCACACACAGGAGACUGCUCCAGAGUCUAGCACAUUUUUAACGUAGUAGGAGAUAAGCAAUACUCAAUUAAACACAUUGUGCAAUAACCUAAAAAAUAAAUAGAUUAUUUAAGGAAGUAUCUAGAAAGCUGCAUAAGUCUUAGCCAGGAGUAAUCUGAUAAGGUUUAGAUUUUGGCACUGGAGAAAUUUUAGUUAUGUCCAAAAAAAGUGUUUUGUCAAAACCAAAUUUAGUCCAUUGACUCAUUCGUUUUCUGAUUUCACUGCAUCCCAUUUCCCUAUGUUAAAGCAAUGUAUUGCAAAAGGCUGAACGUUUCAUCCAAAUGCACAAAUUGCUCACACGAUCGUUCGGCUCACUCACAUCAUACCUGUAACAAGAAAUAUAUGAGAGUGAGCAGAAAUAACAAAUGAGCACCGAAUAUUGGAGCCAUUUGUGCAUUCGCAUGACUCGUUCGGCAUUUUGUAAUACAUACAGUAACAGACAGAACACUAUCUGUAAUUGAAAAGGCUGAACAAAUAAUCCAAAUGAACAAAUGGCUCAUUCAUUCCCUGCACAUUCGUUAGUUUGGCUCUGCAGAAAGAACAAAGGCGCACUUUAAGAAUGAGCCAUUCAUGCAUUCAGACGAAGUGUUCGGCAUUUUGAAUUACAGAGAAUGAAAUACAAAAGUCCAAACGCCACUUGCAAAUGAAUGAAUAAAUGAAUGUUGCAUAAAAGAAUUUCGUUCAGAGCCCAUACAUUUGUUCAUUCAUUUGGCUCCCCUUUUGUUAUUUAGUAUUUGGACUAAUGGACGAAUAUGACAAUUUUUGUCAGAAAAUCCAUUCAUUUUAAUAUGAAUGCCCAACUCUAGUUAGGGCUGCAUAAACAAAGUGAUUCAACUCCUAAAUGGCAGAGAAUUGAGCAACAAGACUUCCGCGGCAUAAUCUAUGUACCAAAACCACUUCAUCAAGCUAAAGUUGUUUUAAGAGCUCAGACUGUCUCUUUAAGACAGCUCCAACUUAUGCGCCUGGGUGAAAUGAUCCUCACCUAUGGAUUAAGUGCACAGUUAACUCUUCAUGUUGUCAUAGUUGUGGGAGGUAUCCUCAUAGAAAUAAAAAUAUAAAAGAAACAUAUAUGGUGUAGUAUGUUUGGCUAUGGAGUAGGAGUAGGUAUAGAUACAAAUGUGCACUCACAUGUUAUGGAGCCAUAGAUAUAGCUCCAAGGAUAGCGUGUGAAGUGGUAUGAUCCCCACUCAAGGAUAUAGUGAAAAUAGUUGUUCUUCUUGGAUAUAUAUAUAGGAGGAAACAAAUAAAACCACAAUAGUGUACACCAUAAUAUGUAAUGCAAAACACAAUAAAAAAGAUAAAAGGCCUACUCACAUGUUCGAGAGCAAAAUGUGGCUUGCUCAAUCCAGUGCGCUUAGGUGGUAUUAUCCCCACCAAGGAUAUAGCCCAAAAUAUCCAGCAGCAGCAAAAAGUCGAAAAAAAAGUACCGUAUUUAUCGGCGUAUAACACGCACUUUUUCUCCCUGAAAAUAGGGGAGAAAUCGUGGGUGCGUGUUAUACGCCGGCCCUUUAAAUUCUGCAGCCGCCUGAGCGCUCUGUCAAGAGCGCUCAGGCGGCUGCAGUUGGUACAGAGCCGCUUGCUGGUCGUCGGGAUCAGUAUCGCCAGUGUACCUUUCUCUGUCAGUCCGGGACUGGGUAUAGAAAGGAAAACUCCCCACCCGCUGAACAGAGCUUGCUUCCUGUACCCCGUCGGACUGACAGUGGCGCAACACUGAGCCGCACCUUCCCAUCACCGGGCCGGCCGGCCACCGCUGACAGCGCAGAGCGGCUCGCCACGCCACAGGGGAGACGGGAGGGGAGAGUAAGAAAGGGGGAGGGGGAGUAAGAAGAGUGGAGGGGGGCUAAAAAGAGGGGAGGGGGGCAACAAGAGGGGGCUAACAAGAGAAGCAAAAGAAGAGGGAGGGGGGGGCCAACAAGAGGGGAGGGGGGGCCAACAAGAGGGGAAGCAAAAUAAGAGGGGAGGGGAGCAAGAAAGGGGGUAAGAAGAGGGGAGGGGGGAGUAAGAAGAGGGGAGGGGGGCUAAAAGAGGGGAGGGGGGCAACAAGAGGGAGUACAACAAGAGGGGAAGGGGGGGGUAAGAAGAGGGGAGGGGGGGCCAACAAGAGGGAGGGGGGGGCAACAAGAGGGGGCUAACAAGAGGGGAAGGGGCAACAAGAGGGGGGAGGGGAGUAAGAAAGGGGUAAGAGGGGAGGGGACGAAGAAGAGGAGAGAGAGAAGGGGAGUAAGAAAGGGGGUAAGAAGAGGGGGAGGGGGAGUAAGAAGGGGGUAAGAGGGGAAAGUUAGAAGAGGGGGAGUAAGAAGGGGGUAAGAGGGGGAGGGGGGAGUAAGAAAGGGGGGUAAGAAGUUCUUUAUUUAAUAUUUAAAGGACCACUCUAGGCACCCAGACCACUUCAGCUUAAUGAAGUGGUCUGGGUGCCAGGUCCCUCUAGGAUUAACCCUUUUUUUUUUUUUAUAAACAUAGCAGUUUCAGAGAAACUGCUAUGUUUAUACUGAAGGUUAAUCCAGCCUCCAGAGCCUCUAGUGCCUGUCUCAUUGACAGCCGCUAGAGGCGCUUGCGUGCUUCUCACUGUGAAAAAUCACAGUGAGAGCACGCAAGUGUCCAUAGGAAAGCAUUGUAAAUGCUUUCCUAUGCGACCAGCUGAAUGCGCGUGUGCAUUCAGCCGAUGACGUCGCGAGCAAGGAGGAGAGGAGGAGUACAGCUCCCCGCCCGGCGCUGGAGAAAGGUAAGUGUUUAACCCCUUCCUCUCUCCAGAGCCCGGCCGGAGGGGGUCCCUGAGGGUGUAUAACACGCACCUCAUUUUAAGAAGGAAAUUUCAGGGGAAAAAAAACUUAAAGGACCACUAUAGUGCCAGGAAAACAUACUCAUUUUCCUGGCACUAUAGUGGUCCUUUAAGUUUUUUUCCCCUGAAAUUUCCUUCUUAAAAUGAGGUGCGUGUUAUACGCCGAUAAAUACGGUACUUUAAUGUAAAAAGCAGUAAAAACAGUAACAGGGUAAGAUACAGUAUGAAAAUACACUUAAGGCAUUUCUCCUAAUACAUAGGCUUUAUCAACACUUUUGAUAAAGCCUAUGUAUUAGGAGAAACGCGUUAACUGUUUUUUUUUUUUACCAUGUUACUGUUUUUAGUGUUUUUUUACAUUAAAUUACUUUUUUAUUGGACAUUUUGCUGCUCCUGCUGAUGGAUCUUUUGGCUAUAUCCUUGGUGGGGAUAAUACCACCUAAGCUCACUGGAUUGAGCAAGCCACAUUUUGCUCUCGAAUAUGUGAGUAGGUAUUUUAUCUUUUUUAUUGUGUUUUGCAUUACAUAUUACAGAGUACACUAUUGUGGUUUUAUUUGUUUCCUCCUAUAUAUAUAUCCAUGGAUAACAACUAUUUGCACCAUAUCCUUGAGUGGGGAUCAUACCACUUCACACGCUAUCCUUGGAGCCAUAUCUACGGCUCCAUAACAUGUGAGUGCACAUUUAUCUAUACCUACUCCUGCUCCAUAUCCCAACAUAUUACACCAUAUAUGUUUAUUUUAUAUUUAUUUCUAUGAGAAUACCUCCUACAACUACAACAACAUGAAAAGUCAACCCUGCACUUAAUCCUUAGGCAAGGAUCAUUUCGCCUAGGCAUAUAAGUUGGAGCUGUAUUAAAGCUCCAGAAAAGUGUGAGUGGCCAUUUUUUAUCUUAUUUACUCCAGCCGAAGUUUUAAAUACUACACUAUUGUAUUUCCCUUUUAUAAACCCCUAUGAGGACUAUUUAGGCUCUGCACCUACCUCCUGUUUUUAUCCAGCUUUUAAUCGGAAGAGAGAGACUCCGCAUAUGGUGUUUUAGCUGCCAUAAGACUGUAAUUAUUUUACUUAAAGUGCGGAUUUAUCUCUUUUUAUGGUAUUUUGUCUCUUUAAGAACCAAUGAUCUAUAUAUCAUUCAUAAUGUCUGGCAUCAAUGAGGAGCACAUAUGAACAUCUAUUUAUAUUUACAAAAUUAACGCCAGGUAUAUUAAGAUGGCAAGUCAUAUAAAUCAUGGAAAAAAGAGAUUAUGCAUCCCCCCCCCUCCCCCCAAAAAAAAAAAUGUUAUGUCAUUUCAUGUACAGCGUUUACAAUUUUUCACAGUUUAUUAUUGUAUACCUGCAUACAUUUUAUUCUAUACCUCCUAUGAGGUUUGAGCAUAGCAGCUAAUGUGCUCUGUUUAGUUUUUUUUUAAUUUUCUUCUUUAUUUUUUUUUUUUAUUGUUGCAUAUUAUUCAGAUUUUGGGAAUUCUCAGCCAUGUUUAAAUGGCUGCUAAUUAGUUUUCCAGAUGUCGAGCAUACAGAUGUGAUAUUUGGAGGGUCUCAGCAGGCAGCUGUUGACUGGGAUGAACUUGUAGCUUUGCCAAACAGGGAAUAACGACCUGUUCUGACAUCUGCUAUUCCUAAUGCUGUAUGGUAAUUCGGUUAAAGCCACAGCUACCAAUUUGCAAUAUUUGCAGUUGUAUAUGUUAUGACUGUACUGCCCCUUUAAUUAGAGGUAAUUAUGAACCAUGCAUUGUGCUGGACUAUUGUUCUUUCAAUGAAGGACUGUGGUAUUCGUUUUUCACUAGUAUAGGUAGAAGAAAUGCGAUGCACUUGUGUUGUGCUGUCGCAUAACAGUUCCCUAGUGCCGACCGAUACGAGACACCAAGGGAUUGGGAUGGGGGGACAAGACCCCAAAAUUGUGACUCUCCUGCCAAAAUCAGGACUGUUGAAGGGACCUGAGAAUGUUUGCACAUUGCACUCUCAUUCUUUGGACAUGCACUUGCAGGAGCUGACCAUUUUGUGCCAGCGUAAGGGUAAUUAAGGUUUGAAUUAUGGUGCGGUCCAAUAAAAAUUUUCAGAUUAUAACAAUAUGGUGUGCUCUCAGCAUGUCUAUCACAAUGCCAAGAAUAAUUCUGUAUAAUAACAGAUUUUGUCUAACUCAUUCAGAUUAAGUAAUGCUUGCUUUUACUCACACGACACGACAUGCCAACGGCAUGGAUAGCUUGCAAAGAGUCUAAAAAUGUAUUUUUUGUUCUUAUAUGUUUUAAACGAAUACGGAAAUAUUAAAAUGAUGAAUAUGAUUCAUUUAUUAUUCUUAACAUGGCAAAGCACUCAUUUAAUGUAUGAAAUAACAUUGCUAUUGCUUUCUCACAAGUCUAAAGAUGAGAAAAAAAAUACAAAUCUUUUAUUGAGCUUCCCACAGAUGGCAUUUCCUGAGUUAAAAAAAAACACAAAUAAAAAACCCACGAAAGUAAAUAAAAAAAAAAAAAACAGCUAAGCUGACAAUCAUAAACAAACAAAAAUGAAAUAAACCUGCAGCACAUAAAUUUGUGACAUAUUUUUAGACAAAAAACAACCAAAAAGAUAUUGGUAGGGUAAAUAUGUCAGCUAGAAACAAGUAUGGAACUUGUAUUUGUUACAAUAGAAUUUCUACCCAAGACACGUCUGUACAGAAGUUGAUGUUGAUGGCUGUAUAGAUGUCAGUACAACCCUGUUACUUUUAUUUGUUCGUGUCAUUUCAGAAAACAGAGAAAAUGCUGAAUCGUCAAAGUGCCAUCCUAUUAUUCCCGUGAAGUAUUUGAUUUUUAUUCUGUUUCUCGUACUUGUAAUUGCUCUCUCCGUUGCUGCAGGACUGAUUGGUGAGUACUAGUCAUUAUUCAGUCAGUUCUCCAUUAAGUAGUCAAAAAUUCAAAGUUUUUCCGGCCUCUUACAUAAAUGGUAGAGGAUCGGGUAUUUUUCUCACAAAACAAAGCAGGGUGACCCUCUUCUUUUGAGAGCUGUGCAAUUAAUAAUCUUUAGUUUGAUAGCUACUUUACCUGGGUAUUAAAUAGCUUAAUUGGACAUAAGAAAGAAAAGCAUUCUUUAUGGCUAAUGUUCAUCUGCUAGAACUUAGUUACUGUCUAUCAUUUGCCAUUUCUUUCUCCUGCACGAUCCAAGUGAUCAUUGACCACGCGUGCACCUCUUUAUAAUCUCUGACUUAAAAACAGAAUAUAUUAUUUUCAAGCUAUUGAGAAUCAUACAACUUCUAUAUCAACCUUAUUACAUUAUUAUAUUUCCCAAAAUGCCUCCUGGAACGCGAUAUUGCAAACGAGGGGAAAAUUUAGACAGGAAUAAGGCAAUAAAGGAGGUAAGUAGGUAAGAAGAUACAUGACAUUGACGAUUAGGGAUACCAACCAAUAAAUAUGAGAUAAAGACUUCAAUUUUAUAAGCUUUCACAUAAUUCAAUACCGUUAGAAAAGCUUCCAGGUGAUUUAUCUACAGAAAUCGCCAUUAAAAUCUGUAGGAUUUUUGUAGAUAAAUAAUUUAGAAACAGUAUUGAAUAAUUUGAAAAGUGUAUUAAAUCAAGGUCAAAUUAAGAAAAGGCGGUGAUAAGACAGCAAGGAAUAGAAGAGUUAAAGCGAAAAUGUAUAAGAAACACCAACAAGAAGAAAGAUGGGUUUGAUACAAUAGCUAAAAGAGAGAUGGAUUUAAAACAUGAUCAGGAAGAAGAAGAAUAACUAAUUAAUGUGGUAGGACAUAGACAGAAGACUUGGGAGAACAAGCAGUGAAAUUGAAAAAUGUGGAGGGUGAAGCACCAAGACGCCUUGUUAAUUUAAUUUAUUACAGCCUUGUGGGAAAAUACACAGCGAAUGUCCAUUUUAUUGUUUAAUGAACAUAAAAAUAUGCAGAAUGUUAAGUGCAUUGUUUAAAUCAAAUGGUUGGUAAAAAUCUCAAUAAAAUUCAUUUUUAAUCCUAGUAGGAAAUUUUAGAACACAUCCUAUAACAGUCUGUUUCAAGGCAGUCUCUAGGUCUAUGAUUGGUUGGUGGGUCCUAAUUUAAAUGUAACGUGAGAGACGAACAUGUUAGCUAUGUCAAUUUCUGCUUAAACUGCAUUGCUCCAAGAGGUUCUUCUAUAAUUGUCGAGAAGGCUCAAAAACCAAAUGAAAGCCUAGUUAAAUCUUGUAGCUAUGAGUUUUCAGUGUCAAGAUAUUUCCUCAACAUAUACUGUUAUUGUAAAUAAAUAGCCCAAAUGAAAUGGAACCAUCAGGAAAAAAUAUCUUUGGCCCACAUACAUUAAAUUAUGAGAAAAAGUACUUUUAUUCUUCCAUAAUCAGUGGACAUCAGGAGAAGCAGGGAAGAAUGGAUUCUGAGUCUGAUGCAAUUCAUGCUUAUGACUAACUGAAGUACGAUUUUUUUGUACAAGUGAGGACACUCCUAAUUGGAGUAACCCAUGAGUUAAAGACAGAUGUACAAAUGUACAUUGAAAAAAAAAUGGAUUUGGAGGAAAUCCAAAACAUGCAUUUCUUGAUACCGGUGAUAACAACGACCAAGGACACAGAGUCUCUGAAACAUAAAUCAUACAUUAUAAGAAUGAUCCAAUAAUACAAAGUCACUUGAAGUGGAUGUACCUGAUGCAAGAUGAGACAGUAGGUCAGGAACCAGCAAUACUCUAGCAGACUACAAAGAAACAGUUUUCUUCUUAAUUGACAAAGUCAUCAUAAGCAGGUAGGCUUGUGUAUUUGGAUUUGCCCAAAUUGCAAUUUGCCCAGAUUUAGGUAAGUUGGCUGUUCGGCCAAAGUCUCGAUACUUAAAAUGACUAGUGUGAUGGCCAAACAUGCUCGUUUUAAUUUGGUGUUUGGAGUUCCACCCAUGGCACCAAAAAAAGAGAUGAUUGAUGGUUAGGGGACAUCAACUAAAUGUUUUUUUCACUGCUCCUCAUCUUUUCCUUCUAUUGGUUACUUUUUUUCACUUGAUUUUUGAGCCAAAUAAAGGUCAGCUUCAUCUAUCAAUCUACUACAAAACAUAUAUAUUUAUAUUAAUAUUUAUAUUAUCUAUGUAUUUUUCAGCACGCUGAUUGGCCCAUUGUCACACUUUUUUUUUUGUUCUUGAUCAAGGCUUAGAGACGAGCCAAAAAGACUGCCUUUUAGAAGAAACCUCAGGUGUGUCUGGAUAUUUUUUUAUUUUUUCCAUUUGAUGUCUUAAUGGAUUGGCCCUCCCAUUCUGGAGCACCCUGCAGGAAGUAUUAUCCCCUUUUUUUCUAGUGUGUGCAUUAUAUUCUUUUUUUUUCAAACAACUCUUUUUGUUCGUCCAAUUUGUUUUCACGAAUAUUUUCUAUGUACGAUAUUUGGAUGAGCCAAACCUUAAACUGUAUGAGUGUCUGAGGGCCCAAACUCAAUUUCAUUGUUGGAAACAAAAAUUGUGUCAGAACAAAUUUUUUCCAUCGUGCACAAAUCUCUAGCCAGGUGUAAUCAGAUGACAGAAGCUUCAAUCAGUGAGGACAACAUUUAGUAGAGCAAAGAAUGCAUUUAGCUCUGGGACAUUUUUCCUUUGGUGUUUAUAAUAAGCUGGAACUGGUUCAAAACCAUAAAGAAUGAGACUGAAACUAUCUUAAACAUGCGAUGCAUCGGAGCUAACUAAAGGGUCAUUCACAAAAGUGAGCUUUGUUGGGAAUUCAAAGUAAAUUUAAAAUUUAUGCCGAAAAUAGCUGAACUGGAAAAUUUCUCAGAGUCUCUUAUGUUUCCAGCUUGGCUACUUUGGCAUAAAAUUUAAAAUUCAGUUGGCAUUACUGAAUAUUCUCACUUUCCUGCCAAUGUUUCUCACCGACUGACUCUGUACGAUAAUAUUCCAAAUUAAUAUCAUGUUUCCUCUUAUAUCCUAGUACACUUCACCUGCCCUGGACAAAUACGUUGCCAAUCUUCCUCAAAGUGUGUGCAAAAAGUGAAACGUUGUGAUGGGGUGUUUGAUUGUCCUGAUGGAGAUGACGAAUACGGAUGUGGUAAUUCAGUUUCUUUUAUAUAUUUAUAUAUAUAUAUAUAUAUAUAUAUUUCUAUCCAAAUUAUGUUAUGAUUGUAUAUAAUUCUGUCAUGGUGUGAUUAUGCUUGCAGAUAUAAAAACAUUAUUCAAGUUAAUGGGUGUCCCUGCAUGUCUACCAUGAAAAAAAUUGGAUAUUCAAUCUAUAUGCCUAAAAUUAAAGAAUAUGCUAGCUUUAGUGUACUAAUAAUCUUAAUUUUAAUAAUGACAAGGAAAGACAUAUAGAGAAAAUAAGGAACCAAUCAGAGACAGGCGGAGAGAAUAAGAUACGGCUUCCACUGAGUCACUUCUGGUAAUCAGCUGUAGAAAAUCGGUAGUUGGCGGUUGGUGCUGGACGUGAAAAGAUGAUCCUGAACGAACCUCUCAGGUUGUUCAGUGUUGCCAAUAUGUGUGGAGCUAGGUGCCAAUCAUUGUUGUCCCUCCAGUGUUGAGAGGUUUCACCUGAAAGAUGUUCCGCCACCAAUGUGAUAUUUCGUGAGGCACAUCAUGGCACAUUGUGAGGUGCGUCAGUGUCUAAAAACAAAUGACACUUAAGUGGUUGAUGUGACGAACUGCAGAGAAAUUGUCCAUGCGUAGCAGGAUGCAGCAAUCAGAUCUCCCUUUUGUUAGAUUUCAGAUAGCAGAGGUGCCUGACAACAAUUCCAGGCAUGUAUACUGUCGAGCCACCAUCUAAUUUCUUGUCAGAUUUCUUACGUCAUGGGUACCGGUGAAAGAAGGUGGUUGCUAUUCUGGUCGGAGAGUAGAAUGUCGUCCAGGUAAGCCAAGCAUCACAUGCCUUGACCCUGUAAGUGAGCCAUCACUGGUUUCAGAAACUUUCUUAAAGAACAUUUUAUCUACGACAAAGGGCUGAAGGGCAGAGUCAACCCUGCUGGGGAAUUGAACCUGUGACCCCCAAGGGUUAAGCAGAUUCUUCUGACUAAGCAUUAGCCUUUCAUGAAAGGCUCACCAAAUAAUUUCCUCGUGCCUAUGGGCCCAAUUCUUUAGCCCAGAGGUUUACCUAUUUGCCAUCAAUUCAGAAUAAGGCUGCCUAGCGUCUCUCUGAAAAGAGGGCCACAUUUGUGUUGCCCAGGAAGCAAAACAUUUCUGGGUCCACUCACAAACAUCGUGCGCCCCGUCGCGCGUGUUGUCUGCUGAAAGGAGUCAGUCUGUGUGAAUACCUCAUCCGUUAGGGUCAGAACCCGGGCGAGUGGCCCGACGGCAUCAAGGAGCUUAUCCUGGGCUCCCUUGAACCCUUACUCGACCCCUUUCCUUGGGUCUCUAUCUCCUCGUGCCAUAAAGGCCAGCAUCAUCUGGUCAAAUUCUGGGGUAUAGGCGACCUUAUCUGGAGUGCAUUCUGAUCUCAGCCGCUUGUGGACCUCCUUUUACAGUGCCUUUUACAGUGCCUUCCAUAGUCAGAAGUGCAUGUGUCCAAUCUCCAGAACGUGGGUGGCGAAUGUUUUUCGGGUUAAACAGCUUUGCCCCGUGGUGUCAAAAAAAGAGCUCGCCAUCCGGCUGCGCCAAAACCAGCUCUUCCUCCACAUCACCCACAUGCUGGGGCUCACUCAGAAAGGUCUCCUUCACAAAGGAGUUGGGACCCCAAGUCCUGUGAUCAGAAUAGGGAUCUUCUGGGUAUAAACCUGACUGACUGAACCACCCCUAGGUUAGUACUAACCUUGACAGGUCCCUGUAGCAGGCAAGGUGAACAGAAGCCAAUUCAUAGGAGCUGUAACCAUAGGCGUGCGCACGGGGUGUGCUGGGUGUGCCUGUGCACACCCUAUUCCCGCGGCACGCCUAUGUAUAGUGAGACCGGCAGGGGAGAUCUCAGGAUCUCCCCUGUCGGCUCAUGCAGAGCCGGCGCUAUCCGAGCGCCGGCUCUGCUCUCAGCCUCCCUCCCCACUGACCCACAUGCAGGGCGGGAGGCAGGAGAGGACCCGGCGGAGCUAUUGCCGGCAGCUCCGCCGGGUUCGUCUCGCGAGAUAUGAGCGUUGCCUAGGCAACGCUCAAAUCUCGCGAGAGUGAACUCUAGCCCCACAGGUGCUAGAGUUCACUCUCCACUGGACCACCAGGGAUCACAGCAGCAAGGAUCCCCUCCUCCACUGGACCACCAGGGAUCACAGCAGCAAGGAUCCCCUCCUCCACUGGACCACCAGGGAUCACAGCAGCAAGGAUCCCCUCCUCCACUGGACUACCAGGGAAGGAAGCAGCAGCACGAUCCCCCCUCCCUACAAAAGGUAAGAAGGGAGGGGGGAUAGCAAGUAAUGUACCUCCACCCCCACAAUCACACACCCACACAUACAGCACACACACAUACAGCACACACACACAUACAGCACACACACAUACAGCACACACACAUACAGCACACACAGACAUACAGCACCCACACACAUACACAGCACCCACAGACAUACAGCACCCACAGACAUACACAGCACCCACAGACAUACACAGCACCCACACACAUACACAGCACCCACAGACAUACAGCACCCACAGACAUACAGCACACAGACAUACAGCACAUACAUACAGCACCCACAGACAUACAGCACCCACACACAUACAGCACCCACAGACAUACAGCACCCACACACAUACAGCACCCACAGACAUACAGCACCCACAGACAUACAGCACCCACAGACAUACAGCACCCACAGACAUACAGCACCCACACACAUACAGCACCCACACACAUACAGCACCCACAGACAUACAGCACACAUACACAGCACCACAGACAUACACAGCACCCACAGACAUACAGACACAGCACCCACACACAUACAGCACCCACACACAUACAGCACCACACACAUACAGCACCCACACACAUACAGCACCCACACACAGCACCCACACACAGCACCACACAGACAUACACAGCACCCACAGACAUACACAGCACCCACAGACAUACACAGCACCAACACACAUACAGCACCCACACACACACAUACAGCACCCUCACACACACACAGCACACAAACAGGACCCUAACAAACACACACACAGCACACUACCAGUACCCUCACACACAAACAGCACCCUCACACACAGUACAUUAACAGCACCCUCACACACACACACACAAACAGCACCCUCACACACAGUACAUUAACAGCAUCCUCACAAGCACGCACACACAAACACCCUCACCCACAUAGCACACUACCAGCACCGUCACACACACAUCACACUAACAGCACCCUCACACAGCACACACACACACACAGCAGUGUGUGUAUGUGUGUAUAUAUGUGUACAUAUAUAUAUAUAUGCGGUGUGUGCUUGUGCUUUAGGGUGCACACCCUAAUGCAAUAGGCUGCGCACGCCUAUGGCUGUAACAGUGACAGACAGAUAAAGUAGCCACUAUUUUCCGGCAAGGUAAGGUACCAGGGUAUGUAACAAUAUGAUAGGGGUGCUCACCCUCAGUAAUAUUAGUAUAGAAGUAUUCCAGUAACAGCAGCAGCUAGCAUAAGCUAGGGUACAUUUAUAAAUUAGGGGCUCACCGCUGUUUAAUUGCUAGCAACCGGCACGGGUUAAAUGGCCGACGCGGAACUCGCGAGGUGCGAUCCAAAGUGGCUGUGAAAACAACCAGUGAAAUGCGUUUGCUGGAAUGUCUGUUGAAUGGUGGCUUGAAAUAAAGCGAACAGAGCCAGAACAGUAAUACAGGGAACGAACAACCCAAAAGGGAACUACCAAACGCUGAGGAUGUGCGUUCGGGAGUAGAAUGGUCCAAAGGGCCGACCAGGAAGGAAUACAAAACUCCGAACGCGCAUUGGUUUGAAUACGUGUGUAGCGGAUGGCACUGGGCUGUCCUGAAAAUUUCGUGUGAAUAGCUGCAUUCGUAUAAACUGUUGGUUGUAUAUGUGUUUUAAAAGAAAUGUAUUCCUCUGAUUGUUCGGUAGAAUCAUUCGAAUAAACUAAAGGAAUGAAACUACCGAACAAUCAGACCUCCCCUGUGUGAAGUGUGUCCUCAAUUACCCGUUGCAACAUUGUUGCGAACCUGUAAUUGACAAGUUAAGUAGCCGUCCUUUGUUCUCGGGGGUGGCCGCCAUUCGACAAACGAACAGCGGUGUUUUGCCGUCGAGUGUCUGGAACUCAAAUCGGACACUUGACUAAGUGAACACCGCUGAAACCUCCACAAGCCCGGUCCGUUCGGUUCCUAACUACCGAACGGCCCCUCGUUCGGUAGACAGAAAGAACCGAACGAGGGGUUUCAGCCAAACCCUCCCUAGCCUCUAUAGCUAGAGGUUUUCAUGCUAUUCAUUCCCUGACUCCAGGACCGACCGCAGGGCCCAUUCACAUGGAACCGCAUUCGGCUGUUUCACUCAGUGCGGUCGGUCAUUUUAUUCCCUCCAUAAAUUUCCCGAACCCCUGGUCUGAUCUGGGUGAUUUUUGGAUAUGUUGUUCGCCCAGAUCAGAGCUACCAGGGGAUGUAUGAUUUAAGGGGGUACCCCUACGUUUAGGGGUACAUCCAGAAACGGGGGGAAUUGCUGGACUGGAUAAGGGGAUUAUGAUGCAGGCUGAGGGGAGGAGAUGUGUGGGAGGUUACCAGGACAGGAUUGGCUACUGUACUAAUGAUUGUAAAUCCCUCCCUUGCAUGGGAGCAUGCUUUAAAAGGCCAGUGUGGAUUAAAGAUUUCAGUUCUGCUCCUGAAACUGUGUGUCGUCCAGUUAUUGGGAUUGCUGUGGGGAUACUGCUGUUAUUUUGCCUGUUGGAAACCUUGCCUGUGGAUUUACAAUUUACUUGUUCCUGAGCCUCACUUGGAUUAUAAGCGGAGAUAACCUGGGGAAUAUUGCAUCUCCGCUACAACGUGUUCGGUAGAUUGAAGCACGAUAAACAGGCUUACGCGAACACGCGGAGAGCGUGUCGCUGUGAGAGAGUCCCUGUGGAGUGGUGAGUGUAGUCACAAGGAGAACAUUUUAUGAGAGGGGCUCAUCCUCUAGUAAUGAAAUUAGUAUCAAUAUCAGUAUUGGGCUGAGUUUAGGAGAGGGGCUCACCCUCUAAUAAUGAAAUCAGUAUUAUGUACUGACAUAAACUGUAAGAUAAACAAAAAACUGGCAGGAAAUAAAAGGGGAUAAAGUAGGUACACAGACAUCCCAAGUCUAUACCCUACAUAACAAAACCAGCGUCACCACUAUGAGAUAAAACCUUACAUUAAUACAUAUACAGUAAGAAAAGAAAGAAAUCAAUUAAGUAAAUAAGUAAAAUUAAGGAAAUAUAACAAGACAAGCCAACAAAGUGUAGACACACAAUAUUCUGACCUGACUUGUGAUGGAGCAGCAAAGAAAGAGGGAGUGACUCAGUGGAAGGCGUAUCUUAUACUCUCUGCCUGUCUCUGAUUGGCUUCUUUUUUUCUCUAUAUGUCUUUGCUGCUAUGGAGUAGUAAAGGAAGAGUAUGCAAGAGUUAUGUGAUAAAAUUACUUUUUAUAUAGCCACAUAUUUCCGUUAAUUUCUGUUUAUCCGCAUCUUGUGCCGUAAAGUAGAAAUUCAUUUUGAUAUUAAUUAUUUGCUGAUUAGUGGAAAGGACGCUGGACUUACAUGGCAGGGCUUACCUCAGGAGUGCUGACACAAGCUCCUAGCUGGAGCUUCCAGCUCUCCUGAAGGCUGAGAGAAGGUGUGGUGUGGCAUCUGGAAGACCCCAGGUAAGAAGUCAAUCUGUUACUUAACAGUUUGACUAUUUACAUUGGACGGAACACUAGUCCACUCUUGGCACCAUAACCACUAUAACACACUGUAGUGGUUAUAGUGCUUAGAGUGUUCCUUUAAUAGUGUAAUAACCUCAACUUUAAAGCGCUACUUGUGGCAUUCAAUGCAUCUAAUGUGUAGUGCAUAAUAUAGUAUUUAUUACAGGGUGUGUAGUUGUAUGAUGAGUUUUUAUAUGUAACUGCCCUAUGGUAAAUUAAUAAAUCGUGAUUGAAACAAGUUAAUCGUUGAAUUGUGUAUUAAAACAUAAAAAAAAUUGUUCACUUGCAAAUUAAAAUAACACUUUGGGUUCAUUUUCAGUGGAGGAUGUACAUAGGGGUACUUAGGAUUAUACAGAGGGUGGGAUUACAGUGCCAACAGGAGAGAGAAGUAUUAAGCCAUGGUGGAAGUAGCACAGGGAGAGCACAACAGCACUAGCAUCUUUUUUCUCUCACACAAUAGCCCUAGUGACUGCUUGAGGGAUGAUUAAGGAAGGGAAUAUACUCAAAUAUGUAAUAUAUAUAUAUAUAUAUAUAUAUAUAUGUGUGUGUGUGUGUGUGUGUGUGUAUAUAUAUAUAUAUAUAGCCAGUGAAGCCCAGAGAAGAAAAUGGGAGUGCGAUAUUUCUGACACAGAGCACUGCGCUACUUGUAACUAAUAGUUUUAAUAACUCCUACUGCACAUACCCACACCUUCUUUACAUUGCUCAGUCAUUCUACAGCUGAUACCUGAGACACUCAUACUGUGGCUAGUUGAAAAGUUGUGAAGCUUCAAACUGCAGGACCGGGGCUGUGACUCUGAGGACUGAUCUAAUUAUAAUUUCAAUCUAUUUUAAUCUGUAAUGAUUGUUAAUUCUGCUAACCGUGUCAGCCACUUCUUAGCACUAUAUUACAACUGCUGAUUAAUUAUAUUUCCAGCUGCAAAGGUAAAAAAAAAAAGAGUAUCAGUAUAUUGAUGCUUUUACCCUGUGUACACUGUGUGCUGAGAGCUAAUAGUGAUUCAGGAGUAGCUGACAUGGUUGGAGUCUAUCAGUAUCUUGAUUAUUUAACUAUGUGCACCCUGUGUGCUAAGAGCUAGUAGAGUAGCUGACAUGUUUCAUAACAGAAGCAAUAUUUAAUAAAAAGCUAAAUAACUAAUGAACUCAUGAGAGGGAGUGCUAAACUAGGGCUAGCAAUAUAGAGAUAUAUUUUAUAGAUAUCUCUCUGUUGUGCCCAGCUUGUUUUACUGUAUGCUCAGAUUUCUGCAUUAUAUGACUAUCUCUGCACUGUACAGGGAAGAGUAAAAUUCUGGGGGAGAAGUCUGGCACCCCACUAUCUUAAACAGGGCUGCCCUCAGAGCAUGACAAGUACGAGUACUAUUAUAUACCAAAUGUAUCUUACUUUAUUGCCCAAUUUUAUAUAUAUACCUGAAGACCCUGAUUGCUUCUAUAAUGAAGAGAGGUCCCAGGAGAGUCCAAGUUCCACAUCCAGCAGUGUCCUCUUGAGAGCUGCAAAAGCACUACUGUGGGCGGCUAUGACAACCGGUAAAUCUAGUGUCCCACCCUCUCUGUCCGUAAGUAAAAGGAAAGGAGUAAACUUACGUUAUUAUAAACUUUAAAAAAAACUACUCACCUUCCCACAGCGCUUAUUCAACACCACAAAGACACACACACACACACUGUCUCCACUACACACACACACACACGCCUCCACAUUCACUACACAAACACAAAUCAACAUAAAGAUGCAUCUACAAAAAAUACAAAAACAAAAACCAAAUUGGGCAAUAAAGUAAGAUACAUUUGGUAUAUAGAAUUCAAUAUUGAUCUCACAAGUGUAGGAUAAAAUGAAGGCUCAUCUCAUAUGCUGGUAGUUUCUCAAAUACACAAAGAUCUUUUGAAAAAGCGAGUAUGGUAGCACUGGUAGAUUCCCCAACUCAAACUUUGUGCAGGAACUUCAGGAUCCUGGCCCAGACCUGAAACUUCUUCCAUGUAACUACAUUCAGUCCUUGUUUCAAUUACUUCCGCUUAUGUUCUCUUGCCAAGUAACCAGACAUGUUUCGCCUGCUGGGUAUUACACAUACGUACUCAUACAUGCAAUAUAUAUACUGGAUAUACAUUUGAACACUUAAAGACAGCCUUUUUAUUAGCAAUCACUACUGCAAGGCAUGCUUCUGAACCUCAGGCUCUCUCAUGCAAUGCUCCUCAUACUGUGUUUUCCCCAGACAAAAAGACUGUCCUAAGAGUACAAAGCAGCUUUUCCACCAAGGUCCUUCAAGUAGCACUUCAGUGUCAAGUGUCAAGCUGUCAAGUAGCACUCCAGUGUAGGUUUAUUAAUUUCACAUCUCUUUCACACACUGAUCAGGAUGAUUCGAUCCCAAAUGUCAUAGACAUUUAAUCUACCAUUCAGGUGCAUCUCAUGUCUCUGCAUUGCAGGAUGUGACCGAAUCACUGCUUAUUUGUGUGUUUCCCCUUGUUUCCCUGUGUAUUUAGUGCAUUGUGCCCUGUUUAACUGUUCGGGAGUGCCCAUACGAACAGCACUCAUUCAUCUCCCGAAUGGGGACAACCCCGUACCCAAUUAGAAUGUUCACACCAAUCACUUAAGUGCGAAACCGCAAGGGAAGUAAUUAAUGAGUGCUCCCCUGGGUGGCCGCCAUUUCAUAUAGACGAACGCCAACCAGAGGGAGCAUUCGUAUCCCAAAAGGAUGGUCGCACAGGAACCUCACGAGCAGAGACCAGUCGGGGAAUGUACUUUUGUGGGGUUCCUGAGGUUGGUUGGGACACUUUUGAGAUACUGUCUAUUUUGGCGGGGUUUCUGUGCCUGGGAGACAAAUGGCUAGAGCCUUUUCCCGCACCUUGGCUCCCAGGCACAGAGGAUCCUGGGAUGAAGACCAUUGUCUUCUUGGGUAGAAAACCCCUUGCAUGGGUGGUGGACUUUCUGUACCUGGGAGACAGAGACUAGACCCCUAGCUCCCAGGCACAAAGAAUCCUGGAAUGGAAGUGUCUGUCUGUUUGUGUGGAAGACCCCUUGCAGGGGGUUAUGCAUGAAAGCAGUGUGUGGCACAAUAAAAUCGUGUUAUACUCCCAGAGCUGUGUGUCGUCACGUUACUGGGGGAAAUGGAGGUAUGCUUAGUUUACGGAGUGGCUGAAGGAAGGAAUUAGCGAAGGUUACCCAGGGUCCGCUACACAGGAGCUCCGUAGCCUUGAAUUAUUCUUGCCCUAAUAUUUCCUCAUAGUGAAGAUACAUUUUUAUAAGCGAGACCAUGCAUUGGCUUUUACGUUUUUCCCUGUAUAGACAGAACCAUACAUAGUGCUUUCAGGAGCCAGAAUCAUAGGAUCGUGCAAGAGCUGGGUAAUAAGUAACCCCAUCACCACUGUAAUUGAAACCCAAGUCAAGCACUACUUGAGUACAAGGGUGUGCAUUACUAUCUUUGCUUUGCAUUCCAUAUGUUGAAUAAACAGUAUGCUUCAGUUUCCAAAAUAGCACUUCUUAGGCCUAUCAACCUCAGUUACUGCUCAAAGUGGUGGGGCAAAAUUCUCUCUUCAUGAGACGUGCAUGAGAAACCUGCUUCACCAAAAUGUACAGGAGAGUUAAGUCCAAUUGCCUGGAUGGGACACUAUUCGUGCAAAAACCUCAUUACGUGCAGACAGGUUGCAAUGUGUUGAAUUCAUUAUGCUAUUAAUUCAUUUCCUAGUCCUGGAUAAGAUCAGGUUUUCUUUCAUGUGAAGACAGAGUAUGGCCAGCUCCUUGACAAUAAUUUUAGCAAUACAUUACAUGGGGACGUAUUGUGUACAGGAAGUUAAAUAAAAUACUGUUUAUAAUAGGAGUCUAUAGUCAUAAACGGAGAGAAGCAGGGAGGCCUGCCGUUACAGACUCGACCUUUCAAGUAUGUUACUCAAGUAAUUGCUAUAUUAACUAGACAUUAGAAAUUAAUUAGUCCUUUAAGAUUUUUUAUAAUUUUUUUUUUUUUUUAAUAUAAAAUAUUUCUUCCUGAUGUCUCCAGUUGGAUUAGCUAAUUGAUAGUAUGAUAUCUGUAUAGGGAUCGAUUGGCGUAACUUUGCUGAAAUCAGUACUGACACAAAUAUGAAGCACUGAUAGGAGUGUUAUCUCUGAUAAGAGUAUCCUUAGUACUUUAAUAGAAGCAUCACAGCAAGCGAGAAAUACUCGGUUGAAAAUAGUGCCCUGACUAACAGCAGUACCCACUGAUAGAAAUACUCUCCCUGACAGUAGUACCAUGACUAACAGCAGUACCCACUGAUAGAAUUACUCUCACUGACGGUAGUACCAUGACUAACAGCAGUACCCACUGUUAGAAAUACUUUCAUGGAUGGUAGUACUCUAAAUAACAGCAGUACCCACUGAUAGAAAUACUCUCACUGAUGGUAGUACCAUAACUAACAGCAGUACCCCACUGAUAGACGUACUCUCACUAACGGUAGUACCCACUGAUAGAAAUACUCUCACUGACAGUAGUACCAUGACUAACAGCAGUACCCCACUGAUAGAAAUACUCUCACUGAUGGUAGUACCAUAACUAACAGCAGUACCCCACUGAUAGAAGUACUCUCACUGACAGUAGUACCCACUGAUAGAAAUACUCUCACUGACAGUAGUACUCUGACUAACAGCAGUACCCACUGCCAGAAAUACUCUCACUGAUGGUAGUCAUGGCUAACAUCAGUAAAUACUCUCAUUAAAAGAAGACAUAUAGUAGUACACCACUGAUAGAAAUACUAUCACUGAAAGCAUGACCCUCAGUGGUAUAAGUACACUUGUAAUAGAAAUACUCUGACUGAAAGCACGAUCCUUACUGCUAUAAGUACCUAUCUAAUAGAAACACUCUCACAAAAAGAAUGCCCCUCUGUGGCAUAAGUACCCUUGUACUCUCACAGCAAUAAUGACCCUCACUGACAGAGGUACUGUGCUGAAAUAAAUACAGUGAGCCUAUACUCUGAGAGUAACAGUACACCAUUGGCAGGAAUGCCUUCAUGUCGAACAGUACUCUCACUGAUAGCAGUACCUCCACUUAUAAGAAAACCUACCCUGAUUCUGGUAGUAACCUCACUUUCCCAAUAUGCAGAGUAUGCAUUUAAUGAUAGGACUCCAUUUAGUUCCCUCUUUCCCUUACUGAUAUUGUGUGUCUUUACUGGUAGGAGUACCUGCACUGACACUAAGUACUCUCUAUGUUCUGUGAGUACUUUCUGUGUUAGAGGGAUAAAACUCCUUGCUUAAAAAGCAUGUUUAAUUGGGAGUACUAAACUGGUAACUGUAAGGUCACUGAUAUAAGGAGUAUCUCAGAAAUAAGACUACCAUAACUGAUUGUAUGGCACUGAUAAAGGUACGCUUACUGAUAUGAGGAACUCUCUGAUAUGAGUAAUAUGAGGCAUAUUCAUGGUUUCUAUGAUGUAGUAUGACCUAAGCCCCCCAUCUCCAAAAUAAGAAAGAAAACAAAAUGUAACCUUUUUCACAACACAAUAUCUCUCUAUAGUAUCAGUUAAAGACACUGGGUGCCAAGUGCUUUCGUUAAUUGGUCUGUUUUAUAUGUUUGUAUUAGGCUAAUCAUUUACAAUUAUAACAAAAUGGAAAAACUCUGGUGUAGGUUAUACAGAUCUGUAGAGAACAUAAAUAUUGAUAUAAUGUUAUGGUAAAUCUUGGCAGGAUGAGCUGAAAUGUAUACACAUUACCGUUUGUUUGAAUCUUGGGAUAUUUACAGAGCUUGACACAAGAAGGUAUGAAGCUCUACAAAAUCCCUUUUAAUACUUCCACUGCCAGGCAGUAUGUGCUUUUCAUAACAAGUGAUUUUUUUGGAAAAAUUGAUUUUUCAAUGAAAUGCCAGCAAUUUUACAUGUCCAAGGGGACCUUCCAUAAAUUACCAUUUUGUUAAUUUCCUCAAGUGAUCACUGACUGUUGGAAACUGAGAUGAACAAACGGCAGUGCUAAGGAACCCUAUAUCUCUCCAUUUUUGCUCCUCCAGGCUCCAUUACAUUAAGUGUAUUUGUCAUUUCAGCAGGUGACCAACGAAACACCUCCUCUCAUAGCUGCUGUUUAGAGGCACUUUGCACAGAGAUAAUUCAGGCAACUGGACAGGAGUUGCUACUUUGUGGAGACAAUGUAUUUAAGGUCCAGAAUGAAAGCAUCUAAUAUGACCAUGAUUGCCUUCAGGUGCAAUCCUCCUUGGAAAGUAUGGAAAUAUAUGGCUGGACAAGCAAAGAAUGUGACUGGAGAUGAGGGAGGGACAUGGACAUGACUAGACAUGGACUUGAACACACGACUAGAAACUGACACGACAAGGAAAGGAUUAGCAUUAACUCAACCUCAUAGAUACCCAAUGUGUCUUUCUUUGUCUACUCUUUAACCAUAACUCUAACCCAUCUCCUGCUCACACAGCCAUCCAGUCCUAGGUUCUUUUUACUUUUGGAGCAUUAUAUGAAGACUGUUUUAAAAAUGAGGGAAAACACUAAAUUAAACUGACAAGUAACACAAAUAUACUCACAUUUAAAGUUUUUGCAUUUGCUGUAAGUUCAGAGGCUUUUCAGCAUCUGCAGUGAUCUUUGCUCAAACCAGGAAGUGACUCAGCCAAUCAUGAUACUACAUUCCGAGGCAGUGAUGUGCUAACACAGCAACUCCCUGCACAGAAGUACUUCAUAGGAAAAUCAUGGAUUUCUAGGUGGUUUAGAUCAGUUUUAAGAUUUGUAAUAUAAGAAUCCGAAAAAAGGGGGAGUGCUGAAGGCUGAGGUAGAGUUAAAAAUGGUAAGCGUAAUGAGUUUAUUGGUCUUAAAAACAAAGAAAUAAAAAAACCAAACACUUCACAUUGUGCAUAAUGUUGCCUAAUAUGAAAUGAAAGUGACUAGAAUGAACCGAUACAAGUAAUGAUGGAUGCAAUGUGUGUAAUCUUUCAGUUCGGCUCAGUGGAAGAAACUCUGUGUUGCAAGCUUACUCUGCGGGAUCUUGGAGAACCCUUUGCUCCGAUGAUUGGGAAACCUUUUAUGGGAACUUCACAUGUAAGCAAUUAGGGUUUUCAAGGUAAUAAGGAAUUAGUAUACAGUGGCUUUGUAUGUUCUUUAAAAAUGUUACGAAAGCUGUUAGCGAUGUAAUGGUAAUGGUUAACAUAAAAUAUACUAAACAAAAAUUAUCAAAGAAAAAUCUACAAUUACCUAACGGAAGCCUAUGGUAGACUAAUAAUUAAUUGUGAACUACAAGUCAACAUGAGCGACUCUUAUCAUUUAGGUAGAAAAUGACAAUAAAUUUACAAAUGAUCCACAAUUACAAAUAAUAAACAAAUGUAUAGUUUUGAGGUCUCUAUGGAACACUAAUGCCAUAAUUGAAGGUCUAUUCUAAGCACCAAAACCACUACAGCCCACUGCAAGAAGGUCUCUUGGACACACUGUUAAAGGACAAGCCAUUUUUGAAUAGUUUGACACCUAUCUGGGUCCUUGGGCACCCACAGCCCAGCCUCUCUUCACAGAUAUUGCUAAAGCAGAAGUUCAUCCACCUUAUUGCACCCCACUAUUUAUUUAGCUAUAUUUGAAUUGUCCUGGAAAUUGACUUGUCCGUAUCUUAUAUAUGUAUAUAUUUAUUUCUGUAUGGUUUUUCAUUUUGCCAUGUAUUGUUUUUAUUAAUAAUAUUACAAGGCUUCACGUGGAAAUCCUCGACACACUAGGUAGCUGCGUACGUGGAUGACCUUCUCUUUUUUUACAGAGAACAGUCAGACUUCGAACUAAAUAAGGCGAAAUGUGAAGUGCUCAACCUCACGGCACCCACACAAAUGGUCGAAGCCCUCAAAAACCAAUACCCCUUUUGGUGGUGCCGGUCACACAUGCGCUACCUCUGAAUAGCACUCACCUCCGAUAUGAGUUCGCUAUACCAGUCAAAUUACUCACCUCUCCUCCAACGUAUUCAACAGGACCUGAAGAAGUGGUCAUACCCCCAAAUAUCAUGGUUUGGCAGAAUCGCGACAUUAAAGAUGAACAUAUUACCCAGAAUUCUAUACCUCUAUCAAACAGUGCCCCUAGCCCUACCAGCAACCUUUUUCUCGUCACUAUGCACUGCCAUGAUCCGCUUAGUUUGGAAUGGGAACCAGGCACACCUCCGACACAACCUACUGUGCCUGCCGAGGUCCUGGGGGGUUUGGCACUCCCCGACAUGCGCAAGUACUACCAAGCAUCCAUCCUACAGAGAAUACUAGACUGGCACUCCCACCCGAGACACAAACAGUUUGUUAACACAGGACAAACACCACCUACACCCAUCCCUGAUCCCGUUGAUCUGGAACAUGGGACGCUCAAUACCACCCACCCUGUACCCAGACUCUACAGUAACGCACACAUUGAGGGAAUGGGAAAACAUUAGGGGAGCUCCCCAAGUGUCCCCAAUGCCAAGCCCACUGAUCCAAAUACAACACAACCCCAAAAUAUGAGGGGGCACACCACCACAGACCUGGGACUUCAUAGACAGAGGAGACCACAUCCCCUUACAUAAGGCGCUACACAACGCGGAAAUGAAAUCAUUACGAGAAAUGACAGAGGGCUACCCACCGACGAGCCUACAAACAUUCCAUUACUCACAACUUAAACACUUCUACCAGACACUCCCGAACAGAGAAGCAAUUCACCGAGAUCUAACGUGGUUCGAAGGCCUAUGCGACAACAAAACAUCCCUAGAUAAAGCCAUCUGUAAACACAUAUUGACAACGAUGGGAACAAAUGCUCGCCAACACCUUUACAGACACCCAAUGGGAAAGAAUACUUAUCCUACACCACAAAUGCCCGUCAAGCUCCAAAUAUCAGGAGACUAAUUACAAACUGCUAGCAAUGUGGUACAAAACCCCGGAUAGCUUGCACAGAAUCUUACCGGCAACACCCACCACAUGCUGGAGGUGUGGCGUGGUCCAGGAACACUAAUGCACAUAUGGUGGGACUGCCCCAGAUCAUACCAUUCUGGGACGCGAUUCAACAAAUAACCAGAAAGAUACUGGGAGAUACAGGGGAAUUCGAUAGAGAAUUCGCCUUGCUACACUCCACAUCACUCCCCAUCGGAACAUACCGAAAAUCCAUUCUUAGACACUUCGUAAAUGUGGCCAAAGUCCUAAUCCCACAACAUUGGAAAUCGACCACAAUUCCCACAACGGCACAAUGGAUGGACAAGGUAGACGAAAUAUACACUGCAGAACUGGUACAGGCAUCCCUAUUAGGCACUGAGGAGAAACACGUGGACAGGUGGCGGCCGUGGCUGGCUUUGGUGGUGGGGCGAACGGCGGGGGCAGGGAGCGAUGCGCAGACAUGAGUGGAUAGCCGGAAUACCUACCUGGCAGGUGGGCUCUUAUCCACCCGCAUCGAACGCACCCCCACAAGAGGGGUCUAAACGAGCAAUCACCCAGAGGAUGGUCUGAGGCCGAUUCCCCCUCCCCCUUCCCCUCUCGCUCCCAACACCCAUACCAACCCAUCCACCCGCCAUAUUGGCCUCAUACUACGAAACACCUAUAGUCUACCGCAUUAGCUACAACUCCCACAAUACACCCGACUAAACACAAUACAUCAACUAAUGCUGGAACGGGCACAAGGCGACCGCUAACUAGACGAACCCACCAACAAGUAAAAGGCUGAUAACACUUCUUUUCCACUCUAGAAAAUCGCUAAUUUAUAAUGCAUGUUUGAUUUUUUUAUGUAACCAGUUACACAGGGCCUGCGUGUCCUUUUUUAAAAAAUAUGAUAUUAUCUGUUAUGUAUUACUAUCUACUAUGCUCAAUAAAUGUUUUGUUGACCCAAGAUUAAGAUCGCUCCUUUCCAAAGAUAUACAUAUGGGGUAUAUUUGUACUGAGGAGAUGUUGCUGAGUACAGCUAAGAUAAUUUUAUGACAGUGGGACACACAAGAUUUAAAAAAUAAGCAUCAAAAAUACUAUGUGUAUGUAAAAAUGUUAAACUAAAAAUUAAUACCACAAACUUUGAAACAAAAUGGUAACAAAAUGUCACUUCAAUAAAGCUUAUAAUAUUUUAUUAAUACUAUUACAAUUUCACUUUAAAUUCUAGUCAUUUAAGGGAUAUUCCUGCUGUUGUGGUUCUAGUUAAACCUUUUAAGAACGGUUUACCUGAGGUAUACUGUAUCCUCUGCUGCUAUUGAAGUAAGCCUUUCCAUGGGCUACAGAGGACUGUGCUCAUUGGCUGAAAGGGCUCAGCUGUCACUGAGCUGGCACCACAAGGAAUGGCUUAGUUCAUCGGAGGACUAUGGACCACAGGUUAGCGGUCAAACUGUUUUUAAACAAUUUGACUCCUUGUUCUGGGAGGGCACCAGAGCACCCAUGACAACGGGCUGUUGUGAUUUUGGUGUUUGGAAUGUUUCUUUAACGUAAAGGCAUUCUCAAUUUUUGUUUCAAGUAAUAAAGAAUAACAGGUGCCAUAUACUAACAAAAUUAGGAAUGUGAAGUGCCUUAAUGUUUGAACACACAAAAAGUCAGGAGAGAAUAACAUCUCUGUUUGGAUUGUGCGAAAACAGUAGAGAUGUCAUACAACACAGAUUCAAUAUGAUUUAAUGUUCGAGAGAAGCUUUCAAGUGUAACACAAAUUGGAGCUGAAUGCGUAACAGUGCGAGUUCUGGUGAAUGCAAACAAGAAAAAGUAUAAACCUUAUAAUCUCAUGAUACAUGUUUCUUGAGGGCAGAACACGCAGAAGACAUUUAGAGAGAAUAUAUCUAGAUUUGUGGAGGUGAAUUGCCUAUUUUGCAGGCAUGAAAGCGAAGGGAUUUGUAGAGGACUGUGAAUAAUUGACAAGGCAACAGUACAUUUUAUACCAAAAUUUCCAAACUCGAGAAGACUUUUUAUCAGUUAUGCAAUUUCAUAGUAACUUUCUUGAUUUACUAAAUAAAUAAAAAAAAAUCUUAUUCAAUAAAGUACGAACUAUGGAAAAUUAAAGGUCAAAAUAGAUGAAAAGUUAAAAAAAAUAGAAUCUUUUUCUAAUUUUGAUAUUUUGGAAUCCAGUUUGCAAACUGUUAGUUAAUUCUUCACAUUUACCAGUUUAGGGGUAAAAUUACAAUCCUGUGUCGGUAAAAUUCAUGAUAUUUUUUUGACUUUCAGUUGAUCCUGUGUGACACUUUUUAAUGAGUUUAAAUUCCCAAAUUUACGAACCAUUUUACUGCCAGUAAUGCUGCCAUAUAUAGAAAACAUUAUCAACUUUAAAUUAAGAUUUAACUUGUGAUUUACUUGUCAAUCUGUAAAUGUUGAGCUUGAUCAGCCAAUAUUGUGAGGUUAAUAACAAAAAAAAAAAAUUACUUUCCCAGACUGUUUAAUAUCUCCCGUAGGAGGUUACAGACAUCCAAGUCUAUUGAUGUUUUGUACCGUAUGAACUAUGCAGUGUUUGUAUUGUGUAUAUGUGUAUUAAAGCGUAUCUGUCACCCACAGUAGCCGCUAUUGAAGCCUAUGUUCACCAUCGCCCAUAAUGCUCUACGCAAGCUAAUGCUCGCCCUGGAAUCUACAUGAAAAUUCCACAAGAGCUGAUGCCAUAUUGCAAAUCCAUAUAGCACUGUAGGGGUUAAACUAAUCUGCAUGGCAUACUCUAGUUAUACCAGGACAGACAUGCAUACAACUUCUAGCUAGCGAUCAGGUUCUGCAAAAACAUGUUAAUUCCACUUUAUAUAAAAGCAUUAAAAAUUUCAGUCACUGGGAGCUGGGGUCAUGUGAUGGCGGAGAGGAGGGUGCCAAAAUUCCCUUUCUUACUUUCAUAUUAUCUUUUCUCGAAUACAACUCUCUGUUCAUGCCCUUUUCUCAUAUGGUCCUUCCUCACUGCUCUCCUUAUGGUAACUCCCACAGUGGAAUACUAGUAUUGUACUAAUUACCUACUGAUUUGGUGGUGCAACAGUUCGUUGACGCAAUUCAUGGUUAGUGACCAGAAGACACUCAAAAAGGAGUGUUUGUGUGUGGAGGUGGGGUCUACAGGAAUUGGGAGUGAUAGUUAACAUAGGGGGAAAGAUCCAUAUAUUUAUUGAGUAUUGAGUUUGAAACCUUUGCGGGUGACCCAGUAGACACAAGUAUUCCAAGCAUGUAUUUUUUAUUAUUAACCUCCAUCUUCACUGAAGUUACAAUUACGCACUUAUUUGUGAAUUUGUAAAAAGUCACUGUCACUUAAUGUAUUUUUGAUAAUGUAUUGUUAACAUUUCUUGCUGAUGAAUACUCAAUAUAGAUUUUUAAAAAAGUGUUUUUUUGACAUACAAGAUUAACAUUGUUGUUGUUCCUUUGUCCUAAAGGGACACUAUAGUCACCAAAACAAUUUAAGCUUAAUGAAGCAGUUUUGGAGUAUAGGUCAUGCCUCUGAAGUUUCACUGCUCAAUUCCCUGCCAUUUAUUUCACUUUGUUUCUGUUUAUGCAGCCCUAUCCAUGCCUCCCCUGGCUGUGACUCACACAGCCUGCAUGGAAACAAUUUUUUUUUGUUAUAAAUGAAUUGUAACUUACUUUAAAAGUUUUUAUCUCCUGUUCUGUAAAUUGAACUUUAUUUGCAUAGAGUAGGGAGGCUCCUGCAGAGUCUAGCCAGCUAGUAACAGUACGAGAGAUAAGACAUGAUAAAUUAAACAGAACGUACAAUAAAGGAAGUGUAAACAUUAGAUGACUCUUCACAGGAAGUGUCUAGGAAGGCUGUGUAAGUCACAUGAAGGGGGGUGUGACUAGGGCUGCAUAAACAGUGAUUUAGCAGCUAAAUGGCAGAUAAUUGAGCAGUGAGACUGCAGGGGCAUGAUCUGUACACCACAACUGCUUCAUUAAGCUAAAGGUGUUUUGGUGACUGGAGUGUCCCUUUAACUAUUUCCGUGAUAGACAAUUGCAACAAUUGCAAUGCUCUGCUAACCGCUCUGAAAACUGUAAGGGUUCAUAUUCUAUAUUUAGAGUACUAUGUAGCACGUAAUUCACAGUAUUUACACAUUUGUUAUGUAUUAUUUUUUCUAGUUUCGGUUUCUGAUAAUGAUUAUGUCAUUUCAGUUAUGUGAGUUCCUCUGGUUUGCCUGUAGAAGCUGUGGAAGAAAAAUUUAAAAGACAAUUUGUCUCGGUAACAAAAUCUUUACAUUUUUCUGGCCCCAUGAUGCUACUUCAUAAUAUAAUACACCCCAGGUAAACUAUAGAUUAAGGAAAGUUUAUAAUAUACAUAAUGAAUGUGUGUGACGGACGUUAUUUCAUUCUUAAAGCUCCAUGCUGAUAUGAACUCUGCCGUCAAGUUGCUAAAUUUAUGUCUUCUGCUGCCGCAGUAGGUGAUUUGCAGUUGUAUGCAAAUAGAUCUCUGUCACCUGCUGCAGAACACUGUCAUUGAAUACACCAAUUAGAUUCAAUCACAGAUACUUGUGUUAUAUUGUAUUAUUAGAAACAUACAUUAUUGCUGGGGGAGGUUCGAGGAUUCCACUGCUUUGUUUGAUAAGCACAAUAAACAAACUGAUUCCGUUUUUUCUUUUUUGAAGGGAAUACUGCUCGUCAGGAAAUGUUACUACCUUAAAAUGCAUUGGUAAGUCCUCGCUAAAAACUAGAUGGAAAAAAAAAUUCCAUUAUUAACCAAUCACUACAUAGCAUACAACUUGAAAAAAUACGAGGUUUAUAUAUAGAUUGCUUUUCUCAGAUACUUAAAAAAUAUAAAUGAUGUUCUAUUCCGCAGCAAGAUUUACGGAAAUAUGGUGAGUGGGACAAAAAGAUAGAGUGUACAUUGUUAGUAUAGUGCAAGCAAUGCCAUUUUUACAGCCUACAGUAGGUCUAAUAAAAAUAGGAAAGAAAAAAUGGUCAAAUAAGAUUCAUAUAUUUGUAAGAAACCAAAUAAGAUUCUGGGGAGUGCAAUUUGCCAAAAGUGCCAUUAAAAUGUUGAAAUAUUGUCUUAUGUUGAUAUUCCACAUACAGUAAAUGCAGUAUCUAAAACUAGGUUUGCAUGCAAUACUGGCUGUCAUUGCACCCUCCUUAGAAGCCAUGUAGGGUGCCCAGAUUUGUCUCCUGUCAUUGAACCCUCCUUAGAAGCCAUGUAGGGUGCCCAGAUUUGUCUUCUGUCAUUGAACCCUCCUUAGAAGCCAUGUAGGGUGCCCAGAUAGAAUUACUACAUCUACCAUAAUACUUUUACCCCCACAAUGCUUUAACAAGCAUCAGGGUAAAUGUAGUCCUCAAUAUCUGGAGUACCGAAGAUUAGCUAUUCCUGAAGCCAGAAUAUUUGGUCUCUUCUGGGCCAGAGUAGGGCCAACAUGUUUGGAUGUGGCCACUGGCCAGAGCUUAUGGUCUGUUUUGUGAUGAACUGACCGGAACACUGAAAUAGGAAAUAGUUCCUCUGUUAGAUAGGAGCUGUAACAGAUAGGAUGGAACUUGGGGCUAAAUGGUCUAAAUUCUGUUUUACAUAAAGUAAAGUUGGGAGACUUAAAGGGACACUGUAACAAUUGCAUCAAGAUUGAAUAAAUGCAAUACUGAUGUUCAUCUUUGUUUAUUACUGCAUUACAAUGUGGUGUAGAACACAUCUUCAUGGGGCUUUAUUCAGUAAACAUCGAAAUUGCAGAGAAUUGAAAUGCAAAUUGUAACAUCAAUUCUAAAAUAGCCAAGCCAUGACUAUAAUGAGACGAAUUUUCCCAAAACAGCAAUUUUGGCAAAAAUAUUGCGAUUUGGAUUUAAUUUCACUGCAAUUUACUAUUUAGUAAAUAAACCUCAGUAAUGUUUAAUCAAUUUAAAAUGCUAUUUUGUUGUUCUGUCGCUCUGAUUUCACGGUUCUGGAUAAUCAGAAGUCUCUUUUCUUGCAGUGUGUGGCAGGAGGCCCAGCUACACGCCAUUGUCAACACGAAUUGUUGGUGGAAAUUCAUCUGCUGAGGGCCAGUGGCCUUGGCAAGCCAGUCUUACCUUCCAAGGGAUACAUUUGUGCGGGGGAUCCCUCAUUACUGCACAAUGGGUCGUAACAGCUGCUCACUGCGUUUACGAGUAACUAAACCUCGAUGAAUAAAUGCCUUUAUUUAGUAUGCUGUCAUUGCAUGACUUACACAUGAUAUAGUGAUUUCCUGGAAAGGAGAAUGGAACAAAAAGGAAUAUAUUCCAUGAAUGUAAAUGUGCAUUUCUGAUUUUCUCUCUGACGUCCAAAAAAUACCCGGUGCUUUCUCCAGUGAAAGAAAUCAGUGGGUUAAUGCACCAAAUCUAUCAUGUGGAUUGCACUUUUUAUUCCUAGGGGAUUCCGCCCUGGCUUUCUCUUCAAGGUGUCAGUUUGGCUACAACAAAAUGGUUUAGAGCAAUUUUUCUUAAUCCCACUAAUCUGUACAAAUAUUUUGGUAACUAGAUCCCACAAAACUGGUAUGGAUAUUUUGGGCACAUAAGGAAGGUAUGUGAUGUUCCGAGAUGAAGAGUGAGCUUUUGGUACAGGGGAAUCCUCUGGGUUUUGUCCAACUACUUGAAAACAUCAAGUAGUUGGACUUUCAAUAUUCAUUUGUCUGUUAAUGAGUUAGUGAUAAACUGAAAGAAACACUACAAUGUCAGGAAUACAAACAUGUAUUCAUAACACUGUAGCAUUAAACUAUUUUGUUUUUUUGGCCUCCAAUCCACUGCAGUAAAAAGGUGAUUAAACUUACCUUUUUAUCCACACUGUGCCAGUCUCGCCAUGGCUGUCUCCACCUCUACGGUUGACAUCAUCAGUUUUGACGAUCUCAUCUGAUCCAAUGCUUUCCCAUAGGAAAGCAUCGGGAGGCUAUUUUGCAUGUGCGGCAAAUCGUGCAGAGUAUGGAGACGCUGAACGUAGGUGCUGCACACUGUGCACACUGACCCAGGCUGCAACUCUAGUGGCUGUCUGAAUGACUGCCUCUAGAGGUUUUCCUAGACAGCAAUUUAAACAUUGCUUUUUCUCUGAAAAGGCAAUGUUUACAUUAAAAAGCCUGCAGGGGGGUGGGGGUGGAGUGGGGCAUGACAGCCAAGAUGGCCAGACGUGUCUUGAGAGAGCUCUGGCACUGAUGAGCAAAUUUUCAAAACUUACUGCCUACAAGUGUGAUAUUUCCAGCCUUGCAAGAUCUACAAAAGUCUGACAAGCAGUACGAAUAUCGGAGCAUGAAGCCUGGUGUAGCUUGCGGCCUAGUGUUCGGGGGUGACGGCCGCUCCCCUGAAAUGGGGCCCAAUCUAAACAGUAGCUCGCUUAAAGCCCUGCAACCCCUCCUUUGGACCAGUGGGGGAUAUCCAGGUCCAGCUGGGGAAACAUACUUACCUACAAGCCACAGACCGCAUGGCGACUCUAAGUUGGCUUCCAUGCCACAAACUCCACAUCACCAAGAGGGCUCAGAAACUCAGCGGUGGAAGACAUACAAAGCAGACCCCCUGUGGAGGGGGAGGAUAUGCCUGCACCCUGUUCCAGCUCUGAACGGGGACCCCAUCCGAAUGGUCAACUCGAUGCCCACACUUCUGGGCGAAGAUCCAGGAUGGGAGACCUACCUCCAAAUUAUGGGGCCUUCAGGGAUAUUCUACCGCCUGCCUCAUCCCUCUUGGCAUCCCCCCAGAGGGACACAGCAAAAGAGUAGGUGCGACCGCCCAACACGGCAGUCACUGAACUCCCACGGCGGGGCCCAGCAGUUUUGACGCGUCCCAUUCAGGGUGCCGAGAAACAAAUCUCUCCGCUCCCAGCAAAGCCCACCUGACUCCAGCGCAUGCACAUCGGAUCACAGGAAGAGCAGGGCCGAGGUGCUUCGACAUCGAGCUUUUCUCCCAGCUACAACUGAAGGUCUACUAGACUGUCUGGCGCCCGGGCUCGGUCAGAGAAGCCGCUUUGAUGCUGAUGACAAUAGCAUAAACUGGACCUCACCAUUUUGGCCGAGAAGCUGGCACACCCUACAUAGUGCCCUGUCGCCUGGUUAUAGAUUCCCCUCUGCUUCCUGCCUAAUGCAAUUACAUGUUUUUUGUACACCUUAUAAAGAGCUACACAGGACUACCAUACCUACCCAGGGGUAACUAGUUGCUGUCAUUACUCACAGCUCUGCUCUAAAAUUCUUACAGUCAGUUUUCUUAUUUUUACCUAUCGUAGCAUGUUUACAACUAAUAGCCUAGAUCAGUCCUACUAUAUUAACCGCAGAAGCAUGUGCAGUCAGGUACUACGACAGUUGUGCUCAGCUCGGUAUUUUAAUGCUAAGUCCUAGCCUGACCUCUGCCCCUACUUUGACUAAAAUAUGAUGCCAAUGUCUGAGCCAAGCUAAUGUUACUGUUUCCCUUUGUUAUGUAUGGUCUGUCUUACUCACACACGCAUGGUCUAGAAGCUGACAUGUUACUUUAUCCUUUGACUAUCCUACAAUAUAUUAUAAAAUGUGCAAUGUUAUUAGAUGCCAUGCAAUUGUCUCUAACUGUUGAUUACUCAGCUGGCAAUAGCUGUUGUGGCAUUGCUUGUCGCUUUGUAUUUUACUACAUUUUCUCUUUGGUUCAGUACAUUCGGCCUACAUUCGGCCACACUACAUUUUCUCUUUGGUUCAGUACAUUCGGCCUAUGUUCAGCCGUGCUUUCAUUACUUAAUUUUUAAGCCACGUUUGACUAAGAUGUAAUUAAGCAUUUGCAUAUUAUUUGUUAUAUCUUUGGUUAGUCUCAAGGUAGUUUUACCCAUUUUUACUACACUGCAUCCUUAAAUAUAAUAUAUGCUAAAUGUCCUACUUGUGUUUUUAUGAAACUUCCUAUUGUUCAUUGAUUGUUGCUUUCUUUACAAGUUUACAAGUUUAGUAGAUUACGACCUCUAUCACCUAAUAGUAUAUGAUAAUAUUCAUCUUAUUUAUUGUUUGUUUUUUUAGACCUACCCGUUCGUUGGCUUCGGCACACCACAAUCGACUUCUUGGUAUAGCUCAAACCUUAUUGUAUGCAUACAGCCUUUGUCCCCGACCACAAAUAUAUAUAAAUAACCCCAACUCCUGUAAAUAGUAAGCACGCUUUCACAGCCCUCUUCACUUAGUUUUUGUUUCUGCUUUGAUUUUUUUAUUUUAUAUACCAAUUGUACAGCGCUACAGAAUAUGAUGGCACUCCAAAUAAAAAUACCAACGAUAUUUUACAUAUAUUUUAUAUUUAUAUUUUACAUAUACAGGGAUUUAUUCACUAAACAUUGAUUUGCAGUAAAUUGAAAACAGAACUGCAGAAACAAUAGCCAAGUUCCUCUAAAUCAUUUAUUGGUGCAUACAUUUUGCAAUUUUCAACUCAAUAUAAUGUGAUAUUUAGUGAAUAAGCCCCACAAUAUCUAACAAGGUUUAGUGGGGGUAUAGUAUUGCUCACACACAUUAUUUGGUUACAUAUGGCUUGCAAAGUGCUGCUUAUAAGCAUCUAUAAACCUCGGAUGACAUUUCAAUUAAAAUGCAUCUCGUUUGUGUUAUUUUAUAUGCUUGCAAACAUAAUCCCAGCUGUGUGGACUCAACGGAUGCAAUUUUUGUUUUAUAAUAUUCAUGCAAAAGGCAAAAUGGGAUAAAAAAAUAUAGAGUAUCAAACUAAUGUAUGCUAUCUACUUUUCCAAUUAAAACGAGAGAAAAACAAUGAUUUAAGGAGAAAUAUAAAGUAAUAUAUGAAGCUGAUGAGCCUAUACAACUCUUUAAAAUUACAAUAUAUCCGCUGAAAAUAUGUAGCUGUUCCAAUUCCAAAAGCUGUUUAUUAUUGUUUUGUUAAUAUAACACUGUUUCUGCCUUGUCCCAUUGCUACCAAUAUUUACAUGUCAUUGCUUUGCGCACCCUGCGGAGACAUUAUAUCUUUUGCAUGUUUUAGUGAAUCUUAUUAUAAGAAAACAACAAACUACAAAAUAAUUUUGGCCGCACAUAGCGUGUACUGUACUAUACAUGAAUAGAAAGAGCUUUAUACACUAGAGAGUGAUUUGCUUUGUGAACUGACUACAGAAAAGUUUCAUUUGCCAAAACAGAUUGAUAGCUUUGGCCUAAAUGUCUAAAUGUAUCUAUCUGUUAACUCACCACAAUUUAGUAUAUAAUUAAAAAAAACAAGCUAAGGGAUGUUUUUCACUAAACAGUAAAUUAUAGUGAAUAACACUGCAUUGCAAAAUUCAAUACUUCUAUACAUCUAUUCUCCAAAUCAACAGUAAUUUUGUUUUGUUUUCAGUUCAAAUUACAAUAACCCACCCUCACUGUAUUGGGACAACGACUCCCAUGAUCCUUUAGCAGCAAUUGGUUGGUAGAGAAUGAUGGGAGACUGAGAUGCAGUCUAGCAAGAGCUGAAGGGGGUCAGUUUGACAUCACUGGGUUGGUAAAUAAACCAAAUAACCGGGGUCCUUACGGAUAGAUACCACACCUGUUUAAUUAAAAGUGUCAGCGAAACUGCUUCAUAAACAGGUGUGCGCAUAUUAGCAUAUUUACCGUCUGUAAAUGGAUCAUACUGGAACAAUUGAUUCAAAUAAUUAGACAUUAGUACAUUAGGUGAAUAUGGCAGCAACACGAGAUGCAACACUUUAUGCAUCUUUUGACACAGUGUAUUAGCUGUAUUUUCGCAUGCUCUAUUUUGUACAGUCUUUUUCCAAAAACAAACAAAAAAAGUAUAUAACUAUUUUUUCUACAUCUAAACUCUACCUCCUAUGUCUCACCUCCCCAUUGAAAUAUACACAUAUCAGCCAUAGCAUUAAAACCACCUGCCUAAUAUCGUGUAGGUCUCCCUUGUGAUGCUAAAACAGUUCUGCUGCGUCGAGGUAUGGACUCCACAAGACCAAGUGUCCUGUGACAUCUGGCACCAAGACAUUGGCAGCAGAUCCUUUAAGUCAUGGGUCCUCAAACUCCGGCCCCCCAGAUGUUGCUGAACUACAAGUCCCAUGAUUCUUUGAAUUACAUAGAUAGCCACAGAAUCAUGGGAGUUGUAGUUCAGCAACAUCUGGGGGGCCAGAGUUUGAGGACCCAUGCUUUAAGUCAUGCAAUUUAGGUGGAGCCUCCAUGGAUUGAAUUUGUUGUUCCAGCACUUCCCUCAGAUGCUCAGUUGGAUUGAAAUCUGAGGAACUUGGGGGCCAAGGCAACACUUUGAACUCUUCAUCAUGUUCCUUAAAUCAAUUCUGAACAAUUUUUCUGGCAGGGUGCAUUAUCUGCUGAAAGAGGCCACUGCCAUCAGGGAUCACCAUUGCCAUGAACGGGUAUAUGUGGUCUGCUUGUAUAUUCUCUAGGUAGGUAGUACAUCCACCUGAAUUUCAGAAACCAAGGUUUCCCUGCCUAGAGAAAAACCCUGCAUCUGCGGGCCUGGAGAUGCUCUGACCCAGUCGUCUAGCCAUCACUGGUUGGACCUUGUCAAAGAACUGACUGUUAACUUGCUGCCUAAUAUAUCCCACUCCUUCUCAGGUGCCGUUGUAACAAUAUAAUCAAUGUUAUUUAAUGGUUUUAAUGAUCAGUAACUGAUCAGUGUCCAGUCUUGAUGGCUAAUGUACCCGCGUGUACCUCCCCUACUUUCUCUCCUAACUCGCAAAGUCCAGUAAUACAGUUGUCCAAAGAUUGAUAUUAUUAGCAUCUAUAUAGUGCAAACAUUUUCAACUGUGUUUCACAAUUAUAUGGGUGGGCCUGUUUAAAAAAAGUAAUUGACGAAUAAAAAUAGUGUUGACAGACACCAGAGAUGAAGAAGGAGCUUACAGUCUUAGGAAGCCCAGCUAACAUUUCUAGGAGAUGUGAUCGUGCUGACAGCUUUCACAAGCAGAAAAGUGACCUGCAAGCUCAAAGCAAAAGACCUGCUCUGAGCACAGCUGAGGUUGUGCACAGAGAGCUUGGAAAUCUGCUAGUCAGACCCUCUCCCUACGCUUUAACCCUUAAACAUAGCCAACAUUUCAGCAUCAUGAGCUAAGCUUCUUUCUCAAGGCUGAGGGUGUAGUAUGUGAGUGAAUUUACAAAUGUGCAUCUUUUUUAUUUUGUUUUCAUUUCAAUUGGCAGUUUUUGCUUAUUUUUAAUCCAUUAUCGAUAGAAUUUAAUAAAUAGGAAUGGGUCGUCUCCUCUGACGUACCCCUUUUAGAUGGCAUGUCACUCAAAUAAAUACACAUUUAUUUUUUGUAUAAUUAUAUAUUUUAGCAGUUAUCAUUAACUCUAAAGAGUUUUAUGAAGAAUUAUUAAAGCAUCGAAUUGCAGCUUAUGAUUUUAAUAGCAAUGGUUUGUCUCUUUGCAUAUUUAUUGCACAAUUAGAUUUACAUUUUUUUUUACCUGCCAAAUUGUUAAAUUUGACCAUUUUCAUAUUGCUGCUUGUUUAUAUUUCCAGUUUGUAUUUCCCCGAAUCUUGGAGCGUACAAGUGGGGCUAGUGAACAAUCUUCACGACUCCCAGAAUCCUCCUGUUCUUGUAGAGAAGAUAAUAUACCACAGCAAUUACAAGUCUAGUUCCAUGACAAAUGAUAUCGCUCUUAUCAAAUUGGCAAGUCCGUUUAAUUUCAGUGGUAAGUUUUGGAGAUAUUGGGUCUAGUUACCUUAAUUUGUGUUAUUAUGCAUGGAUAUUCAGUGAGAUCAUUAUAAUUCAUUAUAUACUACAUCUUUACAAUAUUUAUUAAGAAAAACAUCUUGUGAAGCUCUGUUUUCUUCUAAAUAUGUAUCAAUGAUUUAGCAAAUGACAUCGCAAUUCAGUUCAGUCCUGGCACAGCCAGGACAUUGGACGUGCCGAAAAAAUUUGGUUCAGCCAAAUUGAUUAGUCAAAAAAAUAAGUAAAAAAAAAAUGUGUUUUGGAUGAUUCAGGAUUUGUCCAUGUAGCGUUAUGGUUCAUCCAUUUUUGUUCAAAUGCACAUGGGGAUUUAGGCCAGAGCGCAGGUAACGUUUUUCUUGAUUUUUUCUAUGUAUUUUAAGCUGUUGGAUACUAAGCCACUGCUGCUGUAAGCGCGGUGCUUUAUCUUUGUGUUUGUAUAUGAAAUAUUUCGGGAACAACGAUUUCAACAAACUAAAAGGUGUGAAAAUGGGCCAAUCACUGUACUGCGAUAUAUAUAUAUAUAUAAAAAAUGUAAUGUAUAUAUUCUGUAUAUAUUUUUUGCAAUACACUGAUAGAUGCAUUUUCCCGCAAUUUGGUUCACAAAUCAAGUGAGACAAAAUAACUAUAUAUAUAUAUAGUUUAUAGCUAUGGCUGACAGAAGGCAACAUGGUGGCGAUCAGUUCCAAGACAGUAGUGUAGAUAUGUACACUUAAUUUUAUUUUUCUGACUUACCAAACUCGUAUUUGUUAAAUAAAAGGAGAUAAGUAAACAUAAAAGGAAAAAUCCUGUGAAUUAGCAUUGGAGAAUACAGUGAUUGAAUACAAUGAUGGACUGUGCAUGCGUGUGUGACAUCAAGGUAUAUGUUACAAUAUGAAAACCAGGAAGUAAGAUUCCUGGCUCUCAUACCUAGAGGGCUUGGAGGUGUGGCUUGAAGCUGCUCUUCCAAGCCUUCUAAUUGGUUUAAUAUUGGGUUUUGGUGAUAGGAUGGGGGUGGGGGACAGAAUUGCCGGCAUAAUAACAAGUUCAAUAAGAUGAAGUUGUAAAAGGGCCUAGAGUGUCCCUUUAAGGCCACCUAUAGUUUACAUUAACUCAGUGGAAAGCAAAGGAAAAGGCUGGAGCUCUGAGUAAGAAUUUCUUUUUAAUCAGAUGUGUUAGUAGUUAUUCAGUGUUAUCCACUAAACUCAGAUUUCAAAGUUUAUCUCAAAUUUAAGGUCAAAAUAGCAGAGUUGAAAAGUUUUCAAAGUCAGCAAUGCUUUUAGUUUGGCUUCUCUGGCGUUACAUUCGAAAUUCACUUUGAAUUCUCACUUAAUAACCCAGAUAGUGUGAAAACACAAAAAGUGGGUUUCUAAAUAAUGUGUGCAAAAGUAUUAUUUUAGUUUUAGUUGUAAUUUUAUGGUAGGUCGUACAUAAAUGCGUACUCUUACUCCCAAAAUAAAACACAACUAAUUAGAUAUAUAUGUGCAUUGCCAUUUAUCAGCUCAAUCCACACGCAAAUCAAAUACUUGAAACGUCAGGAAAUCAGACACUAGACCUCAGGAUUUAUUUACUAAAAGGAGGGAAAAAUUUACUGAUUUGCAAAAAAAAACAAAAACAAAAAAAACCCACCCAACUCUAAUAAGUUCCACAACAACCACAGUUUUUCUGCUCUAUCCUGGAUUUAGUAAUUUGGCUGUCCAUUCACCAGAUCCCACUGCUUAGUGAAUAAACCAUUCUGUAAAUGGUGCAUUGAUAUCUGAGUUUGUAUCCUUAAUGGGCUCAGACAGCAGGGAAUUUUAAAUCAAUAUUAAGAUAGGGACCUGAGCAAUGUUUGCAGAGUUCAAAGCUUCACCUUCAUAUUGAUAAACUGUAUACAGAUCAAAGAAAGCGAGAAGAGAAUACAUUCAAAGCAAUUUGUUGGAUUUCAUUUAAUGAAAAAACACAAAAAUACAGCAACAAAGAAAACACAUAUUUCAAUAAUGAAGGUGACAACUGUAGUUAAAAAGAAGAUAAUUCAAGCUAAGGGCAAAAAGCAAACUUAUCUGGACAUGCUGUCUCACACUGCCAUCUUGUGGCCAGUGUAAAUUAUGACAUGAGAAAUUUAUAACAGGGUAUUUAGCCUUUUUUUGAUUCAACAGCAAAAAACAGACGCAAGAAUGGCUGAACUUGAUGGACUCUAGUCUUUCUUCAACCUAUGCAAAAUAUUUGCAGAAAUCUUGAUACAAUUUAUGCUACAGACAAUGUGCACAUACUGAUAUGGGGGGCAUAUCAUGCUCACCAGUAUGUUAACCCCUUAAGGGCCAAACUUCCUGAAUAAAAGCGAAUCAUGACAUGUUACACGUCAUGUGUCCUUAAGGGGUUAAAUGUAUUGUAUUUUACGCCAAGUGCAGUGCAAGUGGGUUUUAACGUGCUCUCAUGCGUAACUUUACAACAUUCCUUCUGACACUAUGAUGGCCUUGAUUUAAUGUGUUUAAAUCAGAAACGAUUCCAAUCUGUUUGAAAAAACAUUUGAAAUGAUUUAUCUAUUGAAAUGACUUCUAUGGAAAUUUAUGUAGAUCAAUCACUUGAAAAGGUGUUUUUUUUUUCUAGCAGAUUGGAAUAAUUUCUGACAAUGAUUCAAACAAAUGAAAUUAUUUUAAAAGUUUAUUCAAAAAUCUUAAAUCGUAUGAAAAUCUUAUCCAGAAAUAUUAAACCGAUGCCCAUAUUUGGCCCUAUGUAUGUUCUUGAUGUAUGUCACUGAUAAGUUAUUUUCAUUAUUAGGGUUAAUACAACCCAUCUGUUUGCCGAAUUAUGGUGAAGAAUUCCCUGCGGGUAAAAUUUGCUGGAUAUCUGGCUGGGGAGCCACGGAGGAAGGAGGUACGUUACUAAGUUCUCUUUAUUCCUAGAAUGCUGUACUAUUCACUAGCACCUUAUUUAUCCAAUCAGAACUGGAGAUAUUUCUGAGCAAAUAAUUUUAACGUGAAACGUUAAGCAGAAAUGUUCCAUCUACUGGUUUCCAUGGUAAUGGUUGAUAACUGUUGGUAAUAUUUGCAUUACCAGUCCAUCCCCGGACUUGCCUUGUUAUGUUCUGUUACAAUAUAGAAUUAAAAUGAAUAAGAUUAUGAUUUUACUUAAAGGGACACCAAGCACCAUUACAAUGUAUGCUUCUUGCAAAGGUAUAUAUUUAAAUAAAAUUGCUGCAGCUAUAAGGCCAUACCCUUAGUCUUAGACAUAAGAAGAGGAAGUCAAGCUACUCAUAAAAGGGUGAAUGGAACUUUCGGUAUCCUUAUGGCAGUGUCAUUGAAAAAAAGGGAGCAUGCUGAUUGGCUGAGCUGAUUCCUAGUAUGGGCUGAACUCACAGAGGAUGAUGUGGUGAUGUGGAGAAUAGGGAUUUUAAGAAAUGCAGGAAUAUGAAGAAUGCGUUUUGUACUUAAUUUAUACUAUAUAAAUACUUAGUAUUUUUUAUUUUUGCUUUGUAAUGUUUUAUCUACAGGGGCAAUGUAAAUAGUAUCCAUUUAACAAUUUGAAGGUUCAACAAAUUAACAAGUUAGGCUUUACCCAUGCCAAGCAUUGUUUUGGCUAUUCAUGCAACCAUCCUCUAAUUUAAUUACAUGGCAGUAAUUUUCUAUGUUGCUUGUCAAGGAUUUAUUUCUUCCAGUUUAGUCCGAACAGCUCAGGGAGUUUUUAGCAAUCAUGCUGGUAGAAUCACCCAUACUUGAGGUGGAUGUUUGAAGGGUUGGACCAUUGGUAUUAAGAGGCAUUAAACUCUUGCAACAUAUUCUCACUCAAAUUGAGAUUUGGGCUUUGACGAUGAUCAGCAUUUUAGUUCCAUUAAUAGUUUCUUCCAACUUGUCUGUAGCUCUCUCCAGGUCAUUCGGAGUUGUUACUGUUGGCCUGUUAGUUACAUCAGUGGUUUAUGAUCCUUAUACAUAGCGUCUGUUUUUACAGGAAGACUUUUUAAAUGAAUGGUGCUCUGGUGGCUACUCAUAGUUUGGGAUAUUUUUUUAAUACAAUAAUAAUAGUAAUUUGUAAAGCAACCCUUAUUGUUAAACAAAUACUUUUGGCACAUACAACAUAUCUUUUAUACAUUUCAUAGAUUUUAGCUUUGAAUUUACGCUCGGCUUUUCUUCAUAGGCAAAUCUCUUUAGAUUUGUUAAACAAAGAAAAAAGGAAAAAAAAUGUGCAACUUUUUGGCAGCAAAUCCCCACCCCUUGGCCACACCACCACUUCAUGGAUGGCAUGCCGUGUAGCUCAGUCAAUAACAGACCAGUGUAAGCAGCGCUGUAGACUUGACUCUACCCUCACAACCAAUCACUGUCUUUGUAUUAUUUCAAUGAGGGGAAAGGUGGCAGAUGAUAAGAGCACAGUUAUUGGUUGUGGGGCACAAUCAUGACACCAGUUCAAUUCACACUGAUAUCCCAUUGGCUAGGCUGUGUACUUCUAAUAAGGAAGUUGGUUUGUGAAAAGAGGAGGUGUGGGUUGGGGGGUAAAGUUAUGUUUUAGGAAGUUGUAAAACCUUUUUUUAUAGCAAAACAAAAGAGGUUGAAUGUCGGGAAAAACACAUCAUGAAUAUGAGGCCACAACCGAUCAAAUGCAUUAAAGUAGUUUUGGUAGCUGUAGUGUACCUGGGUUGUCCUUUAACCUUUAUUACUUUCAAUUUGACUUUGAAAACAAUUGAUUUGUUUUACUGUUUAUAUCACUAGAUCAGACAUGCAGAUUUAAUUUUCCAUUUCCUUUUUUGUUUUGUAUAGAUCAAUGCCAAAAUAUCCUAAUAAAAUUCAAAUUAAAUCCAUUUUAAUUACAGGUUCUCACACAGUACAAUUUGAUAAAAUCAAAUGGGAAGUGAACACUGUAACAAUCGGUGCAGAUUCUCUCAAACAUAUCUUCCAUUUAAACUAUACUAGCAAUAGACAAAUGCCACUUAAGAUCAGCAUAACCCAUGUUUGUCCUAAUAUGCCCCCUAACAUAAUUGUCCUGCUUUGCAUUGAAUGCUAGGCACCGCAUUUGCAUAGUAUUAUUAUUAACACAUUCUGUAGUGCUGUACAAUAGAUGGACUAACAGACAUGUAUUUGUAACCAGAUGAAUUAGAAGCACAGAAACAGAGGGUGAUGAGAGCCCUGCUCAAACAAGCUUACAUUUUAGAGGGAGUGAGGUAAAGUGACUCAAGAGGUAAGCGUUGGAUAUAUUUCAGGUUUGGGAAAAGUAGGUUAAUAUAUAGUUUACAGUGAAGGGUUCAUUUAUUGGAUGACAGAGCUGCAGGGGAGGAAGCAAGGUGUGGGGAGGGAAAGCUAUUAACAGUUUAAUUAAUAUGCUUUCCUAAAGAAGUGGGUUUUAAUGAUGUUUUGAAGGAACUGAGACUGGGUCGGAGUCUAACGGAGCAGGAAAAGUAAAUAGGAACGGAGCAGUCCUAGAGAAGUCUUGGAGGCGGGUAUCAGAGAUGCGAGUACGAACUGGGAACAGACACAGAUCUUCGGAAGAGCGUAGGGGCCUGGAUGGGACACACAUGUGCAUCAGUGAAUAUAGGUAGGAGCAGCUUUAUGUAGAUAUUUGUAAGCAAGCACCUGCAUUUUAAAUUGAGCACUAAAUCUUAUGGCAAGCCAAUGUAAAGACUGACAGAGGGGGAAGGCGUGAGAGGUGCAGACAGACAGGAAAACGAGCCUCACCGCAUUCAUUAUAGACUGUAACUGGGGAAGCUGGGAACACGUAAGACCGUUGAGAAGUGGAUUGCAGUAAUCAAGACGAGAGAUGGCAGCGAUAUGGACUUGUUGCAAGAUUUGGCAAUUGACUGGACAUGAGGGGUGACGAAGAGGUUGGAGUCAAAUAGAACACCUAGACAGCGAGCCUGCAAGGCAGGACUGAUUGUAGUUCCGUUGAGUUGAAGGAGACAGACACAAGGGUAUGAGGGAGAAAAGACGAGAAGCUCUGUUUUGGAUAGUUCAAGUCUAAGAAAACGAGCAGCCAUCCAGUUUGAAAUAGCAGAGAGGUAGUAAGACACGAAUCAAGAUGGACGGCGAGAGAUCAGGAGAGAUAGAUUUGCAUGUUAUGUGCAUAGAAAUGAUACUGGCAGCCAAAAGAGCAUAUGAUGAAAAACAAAAUAAUCAUAAAAAAAAACUAAAAAACUUCAACCAAAAUUUUCUUGUGCAUAAAGAACUACAAAUAAGUAUGUUUGGAGUGUGUAGAAGUCUGAACGGUGACAAUUUCUCUUUGCAUUUUUAAAACUUUUGUAAUAAUAUGUAAUUCAACUUGCAAUUGGAGAGAGGAAAUCUAUUUGAAAGCCUAUGUGCUAAAAGGUUUGUAUUGUGAGGUUUGUAUUGCGAGCAGCUGUACCUGCAAUUUUCUGCAUUAUUCUUCUCGCUGUUCUUUCUCAGAUUGUUAAUUAUAAUAGAAACGCUGUGCAGGCUACGUCUCUAGGAGUUAUUUAAAUUAGGGAUUAAGAGUUGGCUUUUUUUUUUUCCUCUUCUGCAUAAUUCUGACCUGCAACUGAAUUCAUCGUGUCACAACCAGUUGCCAUGGAAACAUCUGUGUUAUUACUGAUUCAAAGCAGAUAUGGGAUCGCAGCAGGUGGUAAUGUUACCGAGCCAGGCAAAAAGGUUUCGCUUUUCAAAAGAGAAAACUCUGAGCUGCGUUUGCAUGUUGAGCUCUAUCUCUCCGCCAUGGCUAGGAGAUUAUUUCAUCAACAAAAGACUUUUCUCCCUGGGGAAAGCGAAGAAUACAGAUUAGAACCCAUUUUGUGCAUGAUGAUUACAAUAGUUUUAUGUAAAAACAAAAAAUAUAUGUUCUGGUACAAUGCUGGCAAGCAACAUACAUCCAGGGGCUCAUGCACAAAGCAGUGAGGGGUCUUACUGACUUUAAUGUUAAUAGCAUAAGUGGUUUCCAGAUGUGGGUAACUCACAGUUUAGUAGAUUUGGAGAUUUGUUUCAGUACAAACCGCAUUGCGUCUGAAUUCGGGCCAAAUGAGGGUUAACCGGUUAUAUUCAUGAACUCCAAGCUGUAUUUAACGCGAAUUGUGAACAAAAUUGCGCAGUGGGCGACCAUGUCUGUUGCGGUUCAUGAUUCUGGGUUCCACCUGAGGCAACAAAAAAAAGAGAUAAUUGAUGGGAAAAAAGAUGAUUUAUUAUUAAGGGACAGUCGCUAAAUGUUGAUUUUUGUUUUUGGCAAUCUUUCUUUUAUUGAGGCAUACGAGAUGGGGUACAGAAGAGAGAAAGGGAAAUGUGCGAUCAGUUUACAAUAUACCAUUCAAUAACAUUGUUAGUUAACAUUUCUGAAUCAUGUGUGCCUCUUUUUUAUUUUUAAUGUCGUUUAAUGAAGCUUUUUAUAAACAGGCUUAUAGUUUUCAUGCUUGAUUCUUGGUUAAGCAGUAGCUAUGUCAGUAAAACAGGCAACAUAAAACAUAAGAGACCGUAAUGUAUACUGACAUUAAGGUUAAAUAAUAUUAGAGAAGCAGAGUAACAUAUGUUUAGCGCUAGAGAGUAAGGUGUUGCUAUUGCAGAAUAUGCUAGUGAUAGGUGUAAUGGUAGUUGCUGUGGAGUGUUGAUCAUUAUUUAAUGUGUAGUUUGCAAUAUAUAUAUGUAUUAUAUGGUAUGGUGCAUAUAUAUAUCUAAUAUGAAUGUACAUUUAGCUGUAUAAAUAGGUGUAUGAAAUAUUGCAGGCCUUUUUGCUUAGAUUUGAAAAAGUUAAAUUUUCAAUGACAUUUCCACAAGGUUAACAGCUAAAAGGUUGAAGUUAAAUUAGAACAAACACAUGUGUUGUCAGUCAAAUGUAUACAAAACACUUCACUUAAUUUUGAAGCUAACUAUAGGCAGAGCCAUCUAGGGUAUAUCCCAAACUUAGAUAUUCAAUACAUUACAUCAUGCAACAAGUUAGAAAACCUUUUGGGGAGUAUUACACAGGUGGGGGCUGCUUUAUGGAGGACAAAAUGGCUAUUUAACUGAAGGAGAAAGAGUGUGACAUUGUCAUUCGUCAUUCAUUCUUUCUUUCAUUCAUUCAUUCAUUCAUCUACUCUUACUCUGCCUGCUGUCAUCACACAUCUGAAAGGUAUACAGGGACAUAUGCUGUAGCCACUAAUACAUUUGGUAAGAUUAAUUAUUUACUGACUAUUUUUGCAUUCUGUAACAUUCAUUCAAUACACUUUUAUCUUAUAUUUAUUUGAGUCAUUGUUUCAUUUAUUACAAUAUUAUUACAGUGCCUUUUGGGUCUUCAGACACUGGAUUAUUUUAGUGAUAGUCAAGUUAUCAUCUAGAAUGGUUAAGGAAAACAGUAUUUAUAAGUAAUUUGGGAACGGAAGGGUCUGCUCCGUAUACAGCUAUAGAUUGCAUAAAGACACACUAAGCUUAGAAUGACCCGGAGUGACCUUUUGUCCGUAAAGGUCCACAUCAUACCUGAAGCGAGCCAUAACUAUCAAUAUUGAAGGAUCACCGAAAACCGACAGUUGCUUCUAGACUUCUGCAUGGUUAUUGUUAAGCUAGUGCUAGUGAUUAUUCAAUAUAUUCAAAAUCUGUUGCUUGCUAGCAAGAUGGUUAGCCCCGGUGCAGGCAUAAAUGAAAUGCACACAUCGUGUUGAGCAUAGUAUGCUGCAUCCAUAUUAAGUGACGCCAAGUCCAGGUGGAGCGGUUUAACUGAUCCCCAUCAGCUGUAGGUUUGGUGCCCGGAGUAGUAGACCUUGGGGGUCCCCCCAUUCCGUGCUUUUCCAGUUCCCAGCCGGAAGGGAAGGGUGUGGUGGCAAAAGUCCCCAGACUUGUGUUGAGCCUGUCUUGGGCUUGUUGUCUCUGGCGAGGGUUGUGAAGCUGGCGGUAGCUGGAAUCCCCUGUCGGAGCAAAUUGGUGAGGUGUCAGAGAUCCCCCCUCGCUCCCCAUCACUUUUAAGUAGAGGCACUGGGCUGGGUUGUGUCUGGGAAUUUGAGGGCCUCCGUCAUGGUGUCUUCGCCCAGGAGGGUUGGUGAUCACCGUGAGGGAAGGAGGGGGUUUGAGCGGGCAGACCUGGGGUUUGUAGCCUUUUAGUUAGGCAACUCACCGCUGGUGGUCUGUUGCUGGCUCGCUGAGGCUUAUGUCGAGUCUCCUGCCUUCUCCUUCCAGCCUUCCAGGUUGUAGUGUGGCCCCCUCCUGGAGCCGCGGGUUGUGGCUUGGUGACCCGUGGGGAUGUUGCCGAUGGUGUCGCUGUUGGAGCACUCCCGCGUGCCGAAAGCUUUGCCCAGAAGUCAGCUAGCAGGCGGUCCAGCCGUUCCGAGAGUGGUGGCAAUGAGGAACUGUGUUCUGGCUGGCAUGUGGCGUCCGCCAUGUUGUGUAGCGCUGGACCGGCAGUGUAGGUGAGUCAAGAGUGUUGCCGUUCACCUGAGGCGUGAGCCGUGUGUUGGGACAUCCCUCUCCAGUGGGGGGGGGGAGGGGAGAGAGUGUAUGCCGCUUCCCCCGUGCCGUCUGAGUAGGCCGCUGGUAGGCCUCAAGUCAAUCUCUGGUAUGUCGUCUUUGGUAUGUCGUCUCACUGUGCACAAAUCUACUGUUUAGUUAAAUGAGCUAUUUCAUAAAUACUCAAUGUCUUGAACCACAUAAGAUUGGGGGCAGGCAGAUGCAACAAAAUAGGUGGUUUUAUUAAAGUUUUAAUCAUAAGGGCAGAUUUAGUGUAGAUUCUAGAUGAGAGAAGCUCUGUGAUUGACCAGCUUUUUCCCAUUUUUGAAGUCAGAAAGAGAAGAUACAUAAUGGGGAAGUGCAUAUUAUGGGAAUAUAAUGCAUUAAAUGACUGCUAGAGACAUCAUUAAACACUCCAUUGUUUUUCUUGCGGGGUAUUAUGAUGUCCAGAAUAACUUGAUAGUAGAGACGUACUAGAUACCACACUCACCAAAUAACCCAGGUGCUCUGAAGCCAGGGCUGGCCAGGCCCCCCUUCCAAGAUAUGCAGAAUAAAGAACUGUUCAGGCACUCUGGGUUAACAAAAAUAGCAGCUUUAUUGGGGCAGAAGCAGUAAAGUUUUGACCCUACCAGGUCUUUCUCAAGCUUAAUAAAGACCCGAUAGGGUCAAAACGUUGCUGCUUUUGCCCCAAUAAAGCUGUGAUUUCUGCUAACCCAGAGUGCCUGUACUGUUCUUUAUUCUGUAUAUCUCAGAAAAACUUGAUUAUUUUCCCACAGAAUACAAGUUACUGUUAUAUCUCCUCUCUCUUGACCGGUGCAUAGUCGCCAUAUGGGCAGGUGGAGAUUCCCCAAAACCCCAACCCGACCCCUGUUACCAUUAAAACUCAGACACUCAGAGGUAUGGGUGAAUAUGCCCACAGCUUUAUUGAAGACAUCAUACAUAUAAUAAUUGUAAAGGCACCCCCAGGCAUAAAAGGGUUAAACCGCCGUUUAGAAGAUCUUCCCCUUCCAGAGACACAGGCACAGCUACUGUAGACACCAAUCCACCGAACCGGAGAAGCAUAAACAGCCGAAUAGGAAAAACCAUAUGAAUAGGUUUACACUCCUAGCAGUCAAACUGGAACAGCAUACAAUAAAUCCCCCCAAGAACGAGACAAGGCUCAGUUUUGAGGGUCAAGCAAGAACAGACAGAGCUGUGGGUUUAUUGUUCUUAUAUACACAUUAGUACCACCCACAAGGUUUUGGAAAACAACCAAUAAACAUGUACAAUACACUCAGACACUCCCACAAAAAAAUCCUCCCCUCUGCCUGUGAUACAAUUACCUUACACAAUGGGUAAUGUAAUUAUCACAGCCAGAGAAAUACAGUUUUUCCACAUUAUUCAUAACUUGAAAAGUAUGCAUCACAUUCACAUAAAAUCAUUCAGACCUUGAUCCCCUUAAGGAAGUGACGUGAUGGAGAACCGGAAGUGACCCGUUGAUUAAAUUAAGUGGCAUAUCUCAAAAUCAUUACUUUAUUGUCAAAACGUAAUACACUAGGAAGUCUCCCUUUUUGUUUCUUUUCCUGAGGAAACCAAUCCGGACAAAAGGGUCCAGUGCCCCCACAAGGCACUAACGUGCAUAUGAUUCUAGCCUGUCUUUCUGAGGCUCUAAUCCAUGUGAAUUUAACCAUUUAAAAUUUCACUCCAAUAUAUUAUCAUCUGCGGAUUUACACUAUAUUGUGUUUUAUUUUCUUGUUUCCUGUAUAUGUAUCCAUACACAGCUGAGCCCUUAACCCUAUUUUAGGGUAAGUGUAUAUUUAUAGCGCUCCACUAAUUUGAACAGCAUAGCCUGGAUAUUAUAUCUAGACUACACUAGAUUCACUCUGGUUUUAUAUCGUAUUUGGUGGGGAUAAGAGAGCACCCACUAGAGUGUGUAGCUGCUUUCUAAACUUAACUUUAUUCAUAAGCACACUCUACACAGCAACCUAUUUGUAUAUUUUGUAAAUUAUAACCACUUUAAUGAGAUGAAGCACAUAGAGUGUUUACAAUGUCCUUUUAAAGGAAACUCUACACGCAAACGUGCAUAUUUUUAAUGCAUCAGAUUCAUUUGUUAGUCAAAGUUGCACACGUAUUUCCCAGGCCCUAAAAAUUUACAUUUUAUUGGCUGCAGAACUGGCCUGUGUGUCUAUUUUUGCCCAGCAGGCAACUUCUUGCACUUCAUUUGAUGGUACAUUAAUUUCUUUGUUUUUUUUUCUCUUACACCUACAAAGAUCAAAAAAACAGAACUUAUUUAUGUUUUUGUAUUUCUCAGGGAAUUAGAGAGUUAAACUGCCUGAGAGUUGGGCAGCCAUGGGCAGCCAAUUCCAGUAAUCUGAGGUUAGCAUGCUGUGUAUGAUGUGUGUACUGACACCAGAUACAAAAGUUGCACAAAACUAACAAUGUCAGCCAGGAAGAGACUAUUCCAACAGGCUGAUUGACAGCCCAGGGAGUCAGCCCCUCAGAAAGUAUUUAUUUCUAUAAACAAUAAGGCUAUAGUGAUAGGGUCUUUGCACCAUAACCAGUUUAUAAACAUGAAAUGCUUAUUGCUUAGAAUGGAUUAAGAUGGAUCUUUGCUGGGAUAUACAGCAUGCAUAUUAGGUUAACCUAGGUUACCUUCAAACUUUAAUAGGCACGUAUUCUGCGGUUUUUCCAGAUGGUUGUUCUUUAAAAAACUUCCCAACAGUCAUGUAUACAUUUUACGUUGCUAAACCAAUAUUUGGUCCCUUUACUUUCAGUUAUUCUUACAUUUAAAAACAAAUAAUUCUAGAUUCCGUGCUAUAGAUCAGAUCAAGAUUGAGUGAGGUCAAUAGGUGUGCCUUGAUGUAAACAGUAUGUGACGUAACUGAAAGUGUGUAAUUUCUUUAUCAAGUAUCUGUAUUCCUAACGCUACAGCCUGGUUACAUUUUAUCAAGUGGGUCCCCGCAUGUACAAGGAAAACAUACAAUGAAAUAAAAUGAAAAAUAAACAAAUUACUCAUCUUUUCACCAGCGCUGAAUUUCCCUCGGUGCUGCCGUGGCCACCUCCUUCGGUUGAUUAAUCCUUGAGGCGUGACUCUCGCAUGACGGGCCAAUCCAGUGCUCUCUUAGAGGAGCAUUGGGGAAAGUAGGCGCAUGCACGUCACUCCCCGCAAUGCGCCUACGAUUCCUCCAUAUGCAAUGAUACUCUAUGGCCGUGACGGCACUGGGCAGAUGUAAAUUGUAUUACAUAUUUAUUAAAUAUAUAAUAUAUCAGUAUAGUUUUUUUUUUUUUUUUUACUGCAUCUUUAGUUUUUCCCCUAAUUGCUAACUUCUCACUUGACCUGAGAAUAAAAUCUAAAUUUUAGUGACAUCUAGUCAUCUUUUUACCUAUCAAUCAUCUAUUAUUUUGGAAUUAAGAAUAUUGACACCCCUCCUCAAACGUAUUCUGUAUAUCACAUUUUAGUUAGCUGUAUAUUUUGGCCCAAAAUUUGUGAAUUUGUCUGGACACCCUGGUUGCCAAAAUACAGCUGAAUUGCAGUUCGGGCCUAAAUACAUCGUUUUUGGUGGCAUGUAUCAAAUCACUGUUCUACAGCACGUUGAUAAAAAACCUUUGGUAUAAACACAUACUACAAUAAUUCUUUAAGAACCAUCUGGUCGUUAAAGAUUAUGAGCUGGCGUGGUAUGUUCUCCUGGUGUACAAAUGAUAAACUAGUGGGAGAUUACAGUUUGAAAGAGUAUCUUUAAAGGACCACUCUAGGCAACCAGACCACUUCAGCUUAAUGAAGUGGUCUGGGUGCCAGGUCCAGCUAGGAUUAACCCAUUCUUUUAUAAACAUAGCAGUUUCAGAGAAACUGCUAUGUUUAUGAAUGGGUUUAGCCUUCCCCCAAAGCCUCUAGCGGCUGUCUCAUUGACAGCCGCUAGAGGCGCUUGCGUGCUUCUCACUGUGAUUUUCCUAUGCGACCGGCUGAAUGCGCGCGCAGCUCUUGCUGUGCGUGCGCAUUGAGCUGACGGGGAGGAACGGAGGAGGAUCGGAGGAGGAGAGCUCCCCGCCUGGCACUGGAAAAAGGUACGUUUUCCCCCUUUCCCCCUUCCAGAGCCGGGCGGGAGGGGGACCCUGAGGGUGGGGGCACCCUCAGGGCACUAUAGUGCCAGGAAAACGAGUAUGUUUUCCUGGCACUAUAGUGGUCCUUUAAAGAUCAUAUUAUGAUGAUGGAAUUAUGCAGUUAUUUAUUAGACAUGUGCAAUUCGUUUUGUUCCGAAUGUCAAUUAAGACGAAUUUUGGGCAAUUAGGACAUUCGGAUGCUUCUGAAGUGCCGAAGUUCAGAAGUUCAGAAGUGUUGAAGUGCCGAAGUUCCGAAGCACAGAAUUGCCAAAGUACUAAUAUACCUACCCAGUGGAAGAAUUAAGAAUGUUACACUGUAUACCAGUUUAAAUAAAAAGAUGUAUACAAACAUAGCAAGGAUUCAGCUGUAAGCAUUUGCAACACUUACAACAAUCAAGUAACACACAUUCAUAUAAAAUGUAAAUUACUUAGCCAGUCAAUGGAUGGGAAUGAAUAAGUAGAUAGAUAACUCCCUAAUUCCCACGGUAUUAGGGAGCUAUCUACCAAAAGGCUGAAAGACGUAAAUUGGUCUUUCAGCCAAAUUUACUAAUACUAAGUAAAGAUUACUUAGUAUUAGUAAAUUCUGGCCCUACUCACUAUGCCGCGAGUAGGGGCAUGUCUAGUAAACAGUGAGCAGCCUGUGGCUCGUAACUCUCUGAUUGGUUACAUAAAAUCAACCAAUCAGAGUGUUAUGAGUCAAAUUACACAGCGUGGGAAAAUUCCACGCUGUGUAAAAUGACACAGAGCACUCUGAUUGGUUGGAUUUCAAGCUAACCAAUCAGAAUGUAGAGACUUACCUGUUAGUCUCUUCAUUUACCUGUCCAAGCACUCUGAUUGGAUGGUGUAACGGACCGUUUUGCACACAAGAGGUUAAAAACCGUUUAGGCGAUAUUCCCCUUUCAGAUGCACAGACAGCUACUGCAAGCACCAAUCUCCCGAACUGCAAACUACACGAAUUCUCCAACUCCUGAACAGGAAACUCACGAAUACUGGAAACAGCUGAACAGGGAAAACCAUACGAAAGGUUUACACUCCUGGCAGUCAGCAUACAAUCCAAUUCCCCCAAUAACGAGACGACACUUCGUUUGAGGGUUAAGCAGAAUCUGACCGCACCGGCACAUACAGCCUCUUUUAUUCCCAAUCCACAAACUUAGUACUGCCCACAGGGUUUUACAGAACAACCAAUCAAUCUGUACAAUACACACAGACACUCCCACACAAAAUCCUCCCCUCUGCCUGUGAUACAAUUAUCUUACACAAUGGGUAAUCUAAUUAUCACAGACAGAGAAAUACAGUUUCAUAAAACACAUCACAUGGACCCCAAAACAUGCAAUAACCCCUUAAAAGUACCACAUAUCCAAAAUUCACCCAGAUCCGUUCAGUUCUUUGGAAGAUACAGUUUAAUGCAGAUUCUGCAGAACAUAUACAGGCUAAAUGAAAAACAAUCACUGUAUAAUGUGUCCCCUGCUGUAUAGUCCAAAACCACUGCACGAUGUCUCUGUGCACCAAAUACUGGCGAGAUGGCUGAUGUCGGAGGAGGGAGUUCCUCAGCGCCGAGGGAAGUUUAACCCCUUUCUCCACCUUCAGCCUGGUGGGAGUGGGACCCUGAGGGUGGGGGGGACCUAUUAACACUAUAGUGUCAGGAAAACGAGUUUGUUUUUUCUGGCACGAUAGUGGUCCUUUAAUGAAGCAGUUUUAGUGUAUAGACCAGCGGUUCCCAAACUGUAUGAUUAUACCACAGGGAAACACUUCUGCUGAACAGGGACCCGGUCAGGUGCCGUGGUCCUUUAAGACCGCAUCCGGGCCCCUGUAAUGUAGGCCGGCUGGGAGGAAGUGACAGCAGAACCAGGACUCCAAGCCACCCUCCUGGACACAUAAGGAGAUAUAAAAAAAAUCACGUGUGUGUGUGUGUCAGGGUGUAUGUAAGUGUGUGUGUCAGGGUGUGCAUCUGUGUGUGUUUAUCUAUGUCAGUGUGUUUGUGUGUGUCUGUGUGUGCGCACAUAUCUGUGUGUCAGGGUGUGUAUCUGUGUCAUGAUGUGUGCAUGUGUCAGUGUUUGUGUGUGUCAGGCUGCAUGUGUCUGUGUGUCAGAGUGUUUGUGUGUGUAUAUUGGUGUACGUGUGUGUUAAGGUGUGUGUAUGUGUCAGUGUGUGUAUCUGUAGGUGUGUAUCUAUGUGUGUGUAUGUGUUUGUAUCUAUGUGUACUGAGUGUAUGUGUCGUGUGUAUAUAUGCAAGUGUGUGUUAAAGUGCAUUGAUAUCUGUGUAGGUAUGUAUGUAUGUAUGUAGUAGUGUAUGUGCAUACUUUCAAGCAGUCAAACACCAGCACAACAUACAAACACAUUCCUGCAAUCUAACACAAAUAUUACAUAUAAACACACCCCUGUAUUAAAACACUAAAACUAUAUACAAACACCUCUUCCAACACCAACACUAUAAAUUACACUAUAGCGCCAGUAAAUGCUGCAGCGCUAUACGACCUAAACAUUUCAACUUGGGGCACCUUGGAAAAAUAUAUAAAUAUUAAGGGCGCCUUGAACCUAUGACCAUGCCUCUGAAGUCACACUGCUUAAUUCUCGGCCAUUUAGGAAUUAAAUUACUUUUGUUUUUGUUUAUGCUGCACUAACCACACCUCCUCUGGCAGUGACUGACACAGCCUGCGUGAAAACAAAAAAUGGUUUCAUUUUCAUUUAGAUGCUUGUUUUUAUCUCCUGCUCUGUAAAUUGAAUUUUAAUCACACACGAGGCUCCUGUGGGGUCUAGAAAACUAUUAACAGAGCAAGAGAUUUAACAUUCUAAAUUAAACAGAAUGUGCACUAAAUGAAGUGUAAACAUUAGAUUACUCUUUACAGGAAGAGUUUAGGAGGUGUGUCUAGGGCAGCAUAAACAAAGUGAUUUAACUCCUAAAUGGCAGAUAAUUGAGCAGUGAGACUGCAGGGGCAUGAUCUAUACACCAAAACUGCUUCAUUAAGCUAAAGUUGUUUUGGUGCCUAUAAUGUCCCUUUAAGGCCAAAUUGAAAAGUCAACUAUGAUUUCAGUUCAGCUACUUUAACCUUAUAUUUAAAAUUCACCUGGAAUUCACUUGGAAUUCUCACUGUAGUAAAUAACCCCGUGAGUGUGAUUUACUGACACAUUAUUUUUCUGUUUAUAUUCAGUACUUUACUUUUUAAUUAACUGUUGAAAUGCUUUCUAACAGGGUUAUUUACUAAAGAGAGAAUUCAAAGUGAAUUCAAAGGGAAUUUUAGUUUAAGGCCAAAGUAGCCGAGCUGAAAAUAUAAUUUUCCCAAUAUGGCUAUUUUCGUCUAAAUUUAGAGAUUCAAUUUGAAUUCACUGAAUUCCUGGCAAUACUUACUAGAAUAACCCUGCAAGUCUUGGGACAUACAGAUACUAGUUCUCGUAAAUGUCCCCCUGAUUGUGCAUGCUGAGAAUUAAAUUCUAACCGUGCCUGCAGUGAUGGGAAUAUGCUAUUUAGUCUCGGAGACACAGGGUCUAUUCACUAUACAUCAAAUAGUAGCGAAUUGAAACCAAACUGCAUAAUCCAGGCCAAAGCAGCCAAUCAGUGUCUGUAGGGGAAUUGUUUCCUUCAUCAUAUAUUUAAAAAAAUUUUUUUUUUUUUUAAAUGGUGCGCUGUGUCUUUAUAGACUCAAAUAUUUAAGUGCCAAUGAAUUAUUGCAUGGGUGUGGAAUAUAAUCUCAAUUAACCAAUUUUGUGCAAAAUAGCAAUUAUGUGCAAUCCAACAAAAGAAAGUGCAAAUGCAAAUACAAAAAUUGCUAUGGUGUUUUACUGUUAUAGUGAUACAAAACCACUUAGGUUCAAUUUUCAAUGCAUAUAGCUGUAUCGCUUGAGUCUAUAUUUAAAGACACAGCGCACUUUUUUUCUUUUUUUGUAUUGUAUUUUAGUGUGGUUUGAGCUAUUGCACUUUAAAAGGAGCUGCUUUUUUAAAUAAGAUUUUUUCACUAUAAUUUUUUGAUUUUGAUCUAGCACCUUUGUACUUGUUUUUCUUGUGCAUCAUAUUUUUUGCCUAAAUUUUUGUAUUUUUUAAAAAAAUUUUAUUUAAAUUGUACUACAACUCUUUUUGUGAAAUAGCCAAACUUCAAUAUUUGUUUUAUAAUAAGAAUUGGAGUCUACCAAAUUAGUUAUUGUGAUCUUUUUUUUUUCAGUCCUUUCUUUAAAGGAACACUCCAUUUUCCAAAUAAAGAAAAAAACACUGUUUAGUAGAUAGACUCCCAAUGAAAACAUAUAUGCAUAUAAUUAUGCAUGUUUUCAUUGUGGGUUUAUCUAACAAAAAGCUUGCAGUAGUUGCAGAUCUCUUGUCUGCAGGCUUUGCAAGCCCUCACGUUCUAACCCCGCCCAGACGUUCCAUGGCUGUCCAAUCACAGACUUCUCAAUGCCGCUCAAUGAGAAGUAAUUGCAAGGCAGGAGCUCUGGGCAAUAGCUGAGUUUAGCUCCUCUGAACUAACCAAACCAGGAAGUAACAUAACCUGUUGUCUGCUUGAAAGCCAAGGGGGUGUAACAAGGUUAAUUUAUAAAAGUACCCUUUAAUCACCACAAUUCCAUAUUUAGUUAAUAAGUGCCAUGAUAAAUGUUAUUAAAAACCAAGUUUAAAUUUAAAGAAAAGAAACCAGUUUAAACAAUUGUCCUGUGAUCCGAUCUUCUGCUUGCUUUUAUUCCAGGUGACACAUCUGAAACAAUGGAUUAUGCUGGCGUUCCACUCAUUUCUAAUCGCGUGUGCAACACAAAAUAUAUCUAUGGGGGUGUUAUAAUGCCAUCCAUGGUGUGUGCAGGCUUUCUAGAAGGAGGGGUAGACACCUGUCAGGUAGGAAAUCAAGAGUAAAUUAAAUAUUAAUUGCAUCCUAAGUAAUCAUGGGCUGAAAUAAAGUCACCCAUUGAAUAAUAACUAAACCCUUCCCGUUGAUCAAAUACUAAUAAAAUAAUAGGGCUUGGUGCCCUUAAUGUGAAUCAUUAUAAAAAAGUUAACUGUUCUUGUGCCAGUAUUCCCUUGCAUAUACCUCUGUAACUGCACUGCAUUGUGAUAUAUAACCUUUUCAGUGUGAUUUACUGACACAUUAUUUUUCUGUUUAUAUUCAGUACUUUACCUUUAAUUAACUGUUGAAAUGCUUUCUAACAGGGUUAUUUACUAAAUAGAGAAUUCAAAGUGAAUUCAAAGGGAAUUUUAGUUUAAGGCCAAAGUAGCCAAGCUGAAAAUAUAAUUUUCCCAAUAUGGCUAUUUUGGUCUAAAUUUAGAGAUUCAAUUUGAAUUCACUGAAUUCCUGGCAAUACUUACUAGAAUAACCCUGCAAGUCUUGGGACAUACAGAUACUAGUUCUCGUACAUGUCCCCCUGAUUGUGCAUGCUGAGAAUUAAAUUCUAACCGUGCCUGCAGUGAUGAGAAUAUGCUAUUUAGUCUCGGAGACACAGGGUCUAUUCACUAUACAUCAAAUGGUAGCGAAUUGAAACCAAACUGCAUAAUCCAGGCCAAAGCAGCCAAUCAGUGUCUGUAGGGGAAUUGUUUCCGCCAUCAUAUAUUUUAAAAAAAGAAAAGAAAAAAAAGGUGCGCUAUGUCUAAAUAUAGACUCAAAUAUUUUUGUAUUUCCUGAUAUAUGAACACAACACUGACCAGCCACAACAUUAAAACCACUGACAGGUGAAGUGAAUAACAUUGAUUAUAUUGUUACAGUGGCACAUGUCACAGCGGUGGGAUAUACCAGACAGCACGUGAACAGUUAGUUCUUGAAUUGCAUGUGCUGGAAGUAGUAAAAAUGGGAAAGCAAAAAUAUCUGAGUGACUUUGGCUAAAUAGGGUCAGAGCAUCAACAAAAAUGGCAAGUCUUGUGUGGUGUUUCCUCUCUGCUGUGGUUACUACCUACUAAAAGUGGUGCAAGGAAAGACAAACUGUGAAACAGCAUCUGGGUCAUGGGCACCCGAGGCUCAUUGAUGCAUGUGAGGAGCGAAGGCUAGCCUGUUUGGUCUAAUCACACAGAAGAACUAAUGUAGCUCAAAUUGCUGAUAAACUUAAUGCUGGUCAUGAUAGAAAGGUGUCAGAACACACAGUACAUCACAGUGUGCUGUGUAGCCACAGACUGGUCAGCAUCCCUUGAUGAUCCCCUGUUUACCAUCAAAAGUGUUUUUAAUGUUGAUGUGAGCAUCAGAACUAGACCAUGCUGUAACAAACUCCAUUACCUGGUGUUAGGUGGUCCAUAUCCCCUUGUUCGUCCCCCAAAUGGUUGGUGUGUGGUGCCCCCUUUUAUAGCCCUUCGAAUGCCAACCUCCUCUGGCUGUUAACCACAAUUUGGUGAUUAACUUGAGUGCUUUCCCUGUGUGGCCAUUUUGUCUCCCAAACGCAGGCAGCGGUACCUGGUGGUCGAAUGCCUGAAACUAUUUUUGGCCUCGCAUCUCUGCAAACCCGGGCAAAGAUGGUAACUCUGCUUGCCCACUUCCCAACCAACUAGGCAAAUGAAAGAUAGGAUCUACCGAACAGGGGGAGCAUUUGCUCCCUAACAGCCAGGGGGUGCAUUCAUCUGUGUUCUUGUGAGAACCCCUGAAAGAUGACCGGUCAUUGUAUUGUUUUCCAUUAAACUAUUUUGGGGCAUCACCUCUUGGCCAACCGGUCAAAACUUUAUUCAAAUGGCGUUUCCAAACCACCAAAGGGAUCUGAGCGCUAUUUUGACAAAGUGAAUGCUCAGAUCCCAGCUAUUCGGUGAUGACUUUCAAGGGGGUUCCUAUGUUUUUUAAAUGAAUUUUUAUGAUAAAUAUUGUAUGUUUCCUGUAUCUAAGAGAUAAUUAAUUUAUAGUUUUCUCACACAUUUAUCUCUCAGAAACAGAGGAACCUGGGAGGAAAACCCUUGAAUGUUUGGUGUGGAGACCCCAUGCUAGGGGUCAGUGCAUAAAAGCCAUGUGUGGCCAAAAUAAAAUGAGUUGUACUCCCAGAACUAUGUGUCAUCCAGUUGAUGGUGAGGAGGUGGGCUUUUCACUUGGCUAUUUCUUGUUCCUGCGUUUCUGAAUUCCUGAUCAUAGCAGAGGGAGAGUCCUGGUCAGGACUAUUGCUCUGCUACACAUGGAGCAAUGGAAGAGGGUUGCUUGGUCUGAUGAAUCAUGUUUUCUUUUAGAUCAGGUGGAUGGCCGGCUGCAUGUGCAUCGUUUACCUGUGGAAGAGAUCAAAGCAGGAUGCACUUUGGAAAUAAGUCAGGCAGUGCUAUACUCUAGGCAAUGUUCUGCGGGGAAACUUUGGGUCCUGACAUUCAGGUGGACGUUACUUUGACAGCGUCCUCUUUCAGCAGGAUAAUGCAACCUUCCACAAAGCAAAAAAAUGUUCAGAAAUGGUUUGAGGAACAUAAAGAGUUCCCCAGAUAUCAGUCUGUGAGAUGUGCUGGAACAACAAAUUUGAUCCACGGAUCAAAAAUGGACUUUAAAAAAAAUCUGAUACUAAUAUCUUGGUGCAGGACACCAUAGGACACAUUCUUGAUGCAUAAGAUCUGUCUUGGCAGCAUGAGGGAGGACUUACAUGAUAUCAGGCAGGUGGUUUUAAUGUUGUGGCUGAUCAGUGUAAACACUUUUUUUCCAAACACAUUGAAGAAAGCUAAGAAAUUGAUCAUAGGGUUAUUUUGCAAUACACAAAUAAAAUAUUUAAGUUCAUAGAUGGCCUAGUAGGGGAAAAUAAAUCCUACAACUGAACACACAACAGAAAACAUAGCACUGGUAGUUUUGCAGUUGUGAAACAGGCAAAACAAAAAGACUCAAAACCAUUAAAUUCAACCUCAAAUUGAUAUUACUGCUGUUGAUCCAAAAACGAGGCUGAAAACCCCAGUGUGAAGUAAUUUUCCACAAAUUAGGAGUGAGGGGGGUCACUCCUUGUAUUAAGAGGUUUUCAUCCCACAUAUUAACUAUUAAAUCUUUGAAUAUUCAGUUUUUUUCCCAAAAAAAUACAACAUUUGAAAAUCCGUACCAAAUCUAUUAAAACAACUUCUUAAGGCAGAGACACCCACAAAUUUGCUGUUCUUACAGUAAAGAACCCUUACCUGGUUAGACUUGUAGGCUAGUCUAAAUGGCUAACCUUUUGACCUUUGUACAGUUCUAGUUAGGAACAGGUUAAGAGAGGACUGUUUGUACUGACUAUUUAUUUAUGUUUGUAUAAUGUUAUAAUAUCCCUCGGAGCUGUCUUUUUUCUAAAGUAAACAAGUUCACGUUUCCUAUCCAUUUUUCAUGUAUUACAUUUUCCAUUCCCCUUAUUAAUUUUGUAGGCUGCCCCUGACGCUCUAUUUAUUUCCAUAAAAUACUUCUAUAAAACAAAAUUACACUGCAUAUGCAAGGUGGGAUUGUACAAUUGAUUUAUAUAACAAGGCAAAUGUAUAUUUUGCAACAUAAUUGAAUGUCCCUUUUUAUGCAUUUUAAUACCUUACUUGUCUUAGCCAGCCAGUCAGACAGAAUUGGUAAUUUGCCACCAAUGCCAUAGAUAGAAUUGGCAGCACAACUGCUAAGAAAUGCAUUUUUUGGGUGUGACCCUCAAUUCCCCCUUAUAGAUAGAAUUUGGCACAUCCUCCUAUGCCUUCAUCAAGAUUACCUUUAAUGAAAUUUAGAGGACAGUUUCUGUGGACAUUGUUAAGUUUCUAACGAUCACCCUGCUCCAUCUGUAUAUUAAAUCACAUCAUUCAAACCACCCAAGACUUAUAUUUGACACUUGAUGACAUCAGAAAUGUCACUGCUGCCCGUUUCUAAAUGUAAUGUAUAAAAAAUAUUCUUAUUGUCUCAAUAGGGGGACAGUGGGGGACCUCUAGCAUGUGAAGACCGGAAUGUGUGGAAACUAAUGGGGACCACCAGCUGGGGUAUUGGCUGUGCAAUGAGAUAUAAACCAGGGGUUUACACUCGGAUCAGCUCGUUUUUGGAUUGGAUUCACAUACAAAUGGAGGUACGUGUGUUUACAAGACAAAAAUACAGUUUAGUGGCAAAUUCAACCUGUAUUAACAAAGGCUUAGUAUAAUAAAAAACAUAGACUAAAACUGAAGUAGUAGUAAGCAAUAUCCAUCACGAGAUUUUACCAUGCCCUUGGUAACACUGGUGGCAUGAGUGCAUUGACAAACUGACAAUUGUCCACAAAACAGGGAGACUCAUCUUCCUGUUCGCUCGCACCUCCCAUGCCUCACCCUUCUGUCAGUCCCUACAUUGGCUUCCUAUAAAAUAUAGGGCUCAAUUUAAAAUUCUGGUUCUUGCUUUCAAAUCUCUACAUAAUGCUGCUCCCACCCAUCUAUCCUCCCUUAUACACAAGUAUGUCCCUUCUAGGCCCUUACGAUCUGCUGAAGACUUAAGUCUAUCGUCUGUCCGUACUCCCACCUCUGAUGCUCGACUUCAAGAUUUCUCGAGUGCUGCACCGUUCCUGUGGAACUCGCUUCCCUCCUCCAUUAGAUGCUCACCCAGUCUUCACUCCUUCAAAAAAUCGCUAAAAUCCCACUUCUUCAUAAUAGCUCCUGACUGAUUCCUCUUCUGCAACUGUCACUGGUCUAAUACUAUCCUUACCUUUUUGUGUCAUUUUACCCCACUCCCUCUAGCAUGUAAGCUCAUUGAGCAGGGCCCUCGGUGCUCUAUAAAUAUAAUAAUAAUAAUAAUAAUAACUAACAAGGGAAGUGCUAUUUUGAGGCCGAAUUAGCCAAAGUGGGAGAUUUCCAUCUAUACGAGUUGAAAAGGUGAGCAAGUCACUUUUAAAUUCUCAACAAUUCAAUGUUUAGUGAAUAAACCCCCAUGGCCAGUCGUAUGCCUCAAAGACCCCUUCAAUUCUCAGUUUAGUGAGUAAAGUGAGAACUGUUGAAAAAGUUACAUUAAUUCAAAGUGAAUUUAAAGUUUUAUCCCCAAAAAAGACAAACUUUGAAUUCAUUUUUUUUCACUCAAUUCUCAUUUGUGUAAAUAACUAUGUAACCCUGCUAGAGCUCACAUCCAGUGCUGCCCCUGUAAUACAUGGCAUUGUUUAGCUGUGGGAACUAGAGUGCCUUCUUCACUGUCUAAUACUGUAUGAAAAAUGGCUGUUAAGUAGGCCAACUUUGUGUUUGGUCUGCUGCAGCGAUGUUUGGUAGGUUAUUAGGUAAAAGUGAAACUGACAUAAUGAAACAUUUAACAUGUGAAAAAUACAAAAAAAGUUACUUGCGUACUAACCCAAAUCCCGAUGCACAUCCAAAUAACAGGAGAUUUUUAGUAUCACUCCAAUGGCCAUUAAAGUGUAACGGCUGAAUCCUACACCUACAAUUCCCCCUGCUUCUUUAAGCUGGAAGCAUAAGAGGUAUAGCCUUGACAUGGCAGGUGAGCUUACACUUUAAUGGCCAUUGGAGUGAUACAAAAAAAAUCUCCUGUUAUUUAAAUGUGCAUAGGGAUUUGAGAUAGUGUGUACGUAACUUUGUUUUUUUGUUUUUUAUUGUGUACACUGGCGUACAUACCAGGGUCGCAGGGGUCGCGACUGCGACCAGGCCCGGCACACCAGGGGGCCCGGCCGCCCCUGCGACCCGGUAUGUACGCCCAGGCCCAGCCUCUUCCCCUGGGGGGCCCAGGAGCCGACCACCCCAGGGCCCCCCGAGGCUGGCCCUGCUGAUCUCGGAUGGCCGGCCGGGCAGGCAGGCAGGCGGGCGCGAGGGAGCACUCAGUGCUUCCUCUUCAGCUCCCUCGCGCACCGCAAUGAUACCGGAGCCGGAAGAUGACGUCAUCUUCCGGCGCCGGCAUCCCUACGCGGUGCGCGAGGGAGCUGAAGAGGAAGCACUGAGUGCUCCCUCGCGCGCCAGCCUGCCUGCCCGACCGGCCACCCGCCCAGGAGCCCCACUGGACCCCAGGGAAUAAUCCCCCCCAGCACUCCAAAAGGUAAGGAGGCUGGGGGGAUUAUAUAAAAAAAUAAAAAAAUCAUGUGUGAGUGUUAGUGUGUGUGUAGAGUGUGUGAGUUAGUUGUGUGUGUGUUAGUGUGAGUGUUAGAGUGAGUGUUAGUGUGUGUGAGUGUUAGAGUGAGUGUUGUUGAGUGUUAGUGUGUGUCUGCUAGUGAGUGUUAAUGUGAGUGUUAGUGUGUUAGUGUGUGUGUCUGCUAGUGAGUGUCAGUGAGUGUGUUACUGUGUGUGUCUUACUGAGUGUGUGUGUGUUAGUGAGUCUGUUUGAUGUCUGUUAGUGAGUGUGUGUUUGUCAAUGAGAGUGUAUGUUUUGUAAGUGAGUGUGUAUGUAUGUCUGUCGCUGACUGUAUCUCUGUCAGUAAAUGUGUGUGUCUGUUAGCUAGUGUGUAUGCGUCUGUAAGUGUGUGUGUGUGUCUUCAGCACUUACCUUUCUCCAGCGCCGGACUCCCUUGGCGCUGAGGAUCCCUCAGCCUCUCAGCUCCGAAUGCGACCGCGCACACAUUCAAACCGCCCAUAGGAAAGCAUUGCUCAAUGCUUUCCUAUGGACGUUCAGUGUGCUCCUCUAGCGGCUGUCCGUGAGACAGCCACUAGAGGCUGGAUUAACCCUCAGUGAAACAUAGCAGUUUCUCUGAAACUGCUAUGUUUUCAGCUGCAGGGUUAAAACUAGAGGGACCUGACACCCAGACAACUUCAUUGAGCUGAUGUGAUCUGGGUGUCUGUAGUGGUCCUUUAAAGGACCACUAUAGUGCCAGGAAAACAUACUCGUUUUCCUGGCACUAUAGUGCCCUGAGGGUGCCCCCACCCUCAGGGACCCCCUCCCGCCCGGCUCUGGAAAGGGGUAAAACUUACCUUUUUCCACCGCUGGGCGGAGAGCUCUCCUCCUCCCAUCCUCCUCUUCUCCUCCCCGUCGGCUGUAUGCGCACGCGCGGCAAGAGCUGUGCACGCAUUCAGCCGGUCACAUAGGAAAGCAUUCAUAAUGCUUUCCUAUGGACGCUGGCGUGCUCUCACUGUGAAAAUCACAGUGAGAAGCACGCAAGCGCCUCUAGCGGCUGUCAAUGAGACAGCCGCUAGAGGAAAUAGGGGAAGGCUUAACCCAUUCAUAAACACAGCAGUUUCUCUGAAACUGCUAUGUUUAUGAAAAAAUGGGUUAACCCUAGCUCGACCUGGCACCCAGACCACUUCAUUAAGCUGGAGUGGUCUGGGUGCCUAGAGUGGUCCUUUAAGUGUGUGUGCAUCUGCAUGCACUGGCGUACAUACCGCGGUCGCAGGGGUCGCAGCCCUGUAACCCCUGCGACCAGGUGCUCACCGCCAUGUGUUGCGGCCCGGCCCGCGCGGGGGGGGGGGCCCAUGGAUCAAUUUUCGCACCGGGGCCCCAUGGGUCAUGUGUACGCCACUGAUUGUGUAUAUUGUAUUAGUGGGAUUUUGAGUGUUUGUGUUUAACAUGUUGUUAAUUACGUGUAAUAGAGCUUCACUGUCCUUUGCCUGGGUAUAGAAUUCUUAUCUCCCAUUAACUUGUCAACAAAUCUUACAUGAAUUUUAUUAAUAUUAAGAUUUAUAUGGUGCCAACAUUUUUAUUUAUUUAUUUAUAAAAUAUUUUACCAGGAAAGAUACAUUGAGAUUUCUCUCGUUUUCAAGUAUGUCCUGGGUCCACAAAACAUAUUCUGCAACAAUUGCACAGUUAUACACUUUACGCUUCACAAUUCUAGAAUAGGAACAAUUUCAAGCUAGCCAGUCUUACAAAUAAAGUUGCAAUGUACAAACACAAUGUAGCCGUUGGAUUGACACCAUACAAAGCCUAUGUGAUAUAUCCAGCAUUGCUACCAGCGACGGAGCGGAAAUUAGACCGUCAAAACUUACCUCUCCAGUCUUUUGGAAUGUUGAGCGUAUCCUUUAAAGUAUUAUUAUAACACAGAGUGUGAAAAUCCCUCUAGAUUACAGUACUGCAUAAUAUCGCAUACACUCAGGGUACAAAAUCUAUCAAAUGCAUUCAAUAAACUGGCUAAAGUAGAAAUAUUCACCAGAUCCAAAAAAUGUUGGGGCCAUUCCCUUUAAUAUUUUUCACAAUUUGAAGUUUAGUGCAAUGGUUCUUAACCUUCAUAGACUGGAACCCAAAUUAUGUAUAUUGUAUUGCUAUUUUAGUGAUUAAAUCUUCAACUAUUACAUACACACACACACACACUCACACUCACUCACUCUCUCUCUCUCUCUCUCCUCUGAUUGUCAGAGGGGUUAAAUAGGAGAACGUACUGUUUAUUAUAGGCAAUUGCCUUCGGAGCUAAUGAAAUUGAUAUACACUGACAAUUACAAUUAUUUACAUACUGCAACAUAUUCCGCAGAGCUGUACAAGAGGAAACAAGACAAACAUUAAUUUCCAAUAAAACAUAUAUGACAUACGUGAAUAGUAGGUGAAUAGUGCUCUGCCCCAACAAGCUCAUAAUCUAAAGAUAUGCUUUUUCAAACAGUUUGGAGCACAGGGACAAAGUUUUAUAUUCCAAUACAGAGGAUUUCAAAUAAACCCCAAGGUUUCUUAAAUGUCCAAAUAUUAUAAGACAUAUAACGCAACCCGUCUCCGUAUAGAUGAACAAAAGAACCUCACCAAUAUGUACAUUGGCUGGAGCUGGGGAAAAGGGUGUUUCAUUGAAUUCCUUAUUUACCUGCAGAACUCAGUCUGCAGAGUUUAGAGUCACCCCCUAUGCUAACACGGAUUAUGUUUUAUUUCGACAGGUGAGAUAGGACACAUUGGAGAGUGUGAUAAUCUUUGUACAGUUUGCUCCCACUCAGCCAGAUAAGAUUGCUUGUGUUUGGAUAUCAGGGCUGGUGCUUAUUAUUCUAAAAAAUACAUUGAAUAAGACAUGAACACGUCUCGGUGCUUAACCCCUUAAGGACCCAAACUUCUGGAAUAAAAGGGAAUAAUGACAUGUCAUACAUGUCAUGUGUCCUUAAGGGGUUAAAUAACCCUCAGUUCUUUAACCCCUUAAGGACCAAACUUCUGGAAUAAAAGGGAAUCAUGACAUGUCACACAUGUCAUGUGUCCUUAAGGGGUUAAAAAGGCUAUAUAAUAAAUUGUUUACAGUUUUUCAGAGAAAACGUUACUAUAUAUGUAUAUAUUUAUAUAUAUUUAUAUAUGUGUAUGGUUAAAUAAACAUGUGUGUCAGUCGUUUUUUUCCUUGUUCUUUUAAUGGUUGGAAUGUGACAUAAUGACAGGUAGAAUGGUUUACUAAUAAAAUAUUUUAAGGACGCCGUCAUUCUGCCAAUUAAGUUUGCUUUCGAGGUUUACAGAUGUUCAGACGUUCAAACAGAAACAGACUUGCAGAAUGCAAAUAAUCACAUAUUUACAGAUAUCACAUAUGUACAGACUUGCAGAAGUUCAAAUAAAUGGAAAAGUUUUGUUUUACGGUAACAGGAAAUAUCAGUCUUAAAAUAGGCAUAUGAUGCUGCUGAUAGCUCUGUGCACAUUUAAUAUAUAUAUAUAUAAUAGGUGAAUGCAUAUAUAUAUAUCUGAUACUUUUACUCACUGAAUGGGGAUUUAGUUAAGGUAUAUGCUAAUACAUUGCAUAAGCCCACCAAAACACAUUGUACCCCAUUUUUGUCAUUUUGCUCUUAUGAGAUUAACCCACUUAAAUCCUUCCCCCUGAGACUCUCUGCAGGUCAAGGUUAGAUAGGGUUCUGGAAUGAGGCACCUGUGACAGGGAGGGGUGCAAACACAGGGCCGGGACUUCCAGCUAUAUUAAGAUAUGAAACCAAGAGCUGCUCUCACCUGAACAUGCAUGCAUCAUAGGUUUCAUACAACAUACAAGAUCCAGUGCACUCACUCUUUUACUAAACCGCAAAGCUGACAAAAUAUAAUCUUUUUUUUUUAAACACCUGACAGGUAAAAAUAAUCUGUGUUUAGUUAUAGUAUAUGAUCAUACAUUGGGGUACAUUGUCAGAACGCCAAUGUACCCCAAUGUAUCCCAUUUUUGGCAUGUCCUAUUCUAGUAACCCGAAGAUUACUGGAAUAGGACCUGCUAAAAUAGGGUACAUUGGCGUUGUGGCAGACUAAUGUACUACAUAAUCAAAUACUGAUAGCAUUUAGAAUGCUUUAUGUUGACCGCUCUAAGUGGCUGUCUUAUAGCUGCAAUUAUAUUUACAAAUCACUUCAGUACUAAGCCAAUCUCACAACUGAAAGUGAAUGCAAUGGACUCUCUGCACUAUAUUAUUUUCUUAGCGCAAAGUUGUUAUGGUGGUAUUAAACAAAACUUCCCUAUAAUUAUUAUGUAAAUCUCUAUCUAUUCUACUCUAGUCUCUAAGGGUGUGACAUGCAUAAGGUGGAUAUGUAGCCUUUUUGACUUCUUAUAUUGCCUGUCAAAACCUUUAUUGUAUGUUUCAGUAAGGUUUUUUUGGAUUGACUGGACACGUAUUUUUGCUUGCGCCCCCUAUUGGCAAUCCAGAGUAUUUAAAUUAUUCUUUCCACCCAAUGUUCCUCUGAUGUAGAGGUAGAUAUGUUAAAUGGGGGAACAGGAACUGGUUUCUUGCAAAAGACAAUAAUAAUUGACAUACUCAAAAUCACUAUGUAUUAAUAACUAACAGGUUUACUGAUUGUAAAGAUGGUUUGCCAAAUUCAACCACUUCCAUCACAGUUUCUCCUGCACAUUUAGUGAUGGUUUGUAGGAACGUUAUAUAAUAGGUUAAAUAUUAGUCUAUAAAACAAUGGAGCGUUACAUCAAAACUCUUUACUUCUGUGUAGCACAGGAGCAGGUAAAGAGAUCCAGCCAAUAAUAAGGUUAAUAGUCUGUGAACAAAGUAUCAGAGAUCAGAAAAAAUGAUUUCUGAAGGAAUAGAACAUGGUUUCCCUACAGUAAAUAUUACUAAAUUCUAAAAAGAUCAAUAUUUGAGGAAGCCCUCACGUGACAUGCAAUCCGUAUGUGAGAACAUUCAAGGAAUACCGUAGUUAUAUGGGAUAUAUAGGAUUCCAGUUGGCUACAGUGGUAAAAAGGGUGUAGGGUGUAUGCAAAUUUAGAUUGUAGCUCAUCGCCUUUGUCAUAACAUUUAUUUUUCCAAUUCAUGUCACACAGGGACCACUUUUUUGACAUGUUCUAGUCAGAUGACAAUCACUCUCCAAACCAUUUCAGAUACACCAUUACCAAAAUGUAAUUGGUGAUUGAAGUGUCAUUGUGAGUGUGCUUUGACUGAUGUGCAUGGCUACAAAUUUUGUUUCAAAUCUGUAACAUCACCAUAUAGACAACAUUAAAGGAACACUAUAGUCACACUAUAGUCACCCAGACCACUUCAGCUCAAUGAAGUGGUCUGGGUGCCAGGUCCCUCAGGUUUUAAUCCUUCAGAUGUAAAUAUAGCAGUUCCAGAGAAACUGCUAUGUUUACAUUUGGGGUUAAGACAGCCUCUAGUGGCUGUCUUCCGGACAGCCACUAGAGGCGCAUCUGCCACGAUGGAGGCAUAUUAUGCCUCCAUCACGCAGAGUGUCUAUAGGAAAGCAUUGAAAAAUGCUUUCCUAUGGACACUUUAAAUGCGCGCGCGUCGGCAGAGGGAGCUGACGUCGGCGGGGGAGAAGAGGUCACCAGCGCCGAGGGAGCCUGGUGCUGGAAUAAGGUAAGUGGCUUAAGGGGUUUUAACCCCUUCAGCGCCACGGGAGGGGAACCCUGAGGGUGGAGGCACCUGGAGGGCACUAUAGAAAACCGCUUUGUUUUCCUGACACUAUAGUGAUCCUGUAAUGAAGACUAUCAGAGUUAAUUAUUACACUAUGAAUUGCUGGGAAUUCAAAGCGAGUUUCAAAUUUAAAGCCAACUCGGCUAAACAGAAAUCUUCCCAGAUUUUGACAAUAUUCCCAAUCUUAUUAUCAUUAUUAUUUUUAAAGAUAUAAAAAAUUCCUCUUCUGACAAGUCACACUUAGGUAAAUAAACUCUCUCUGUGGACUUCAUGCCUCAUUACACAUGCUUAAAAGAAACUAAAAACAAGAUUUAAAAAACAAUUGUAUAAAAAGUUAGAUGUAAACAUGAAUGGCCAUUCAGCAUUGUAUUUGUUCAAUCAUGGAUAAGAAUAACAGAUAAAAAGGACCUCUGUCCCCAUUAUAAUUUGUCAUCUGUUUAGAAAGAUACUGACAUUUGAUUAUUUGUUCUAUUCUUACAGAGAGAAGAAAGAAAGACAAACUGGUCUUUGCAGAACAUCUCCAGCUUCCAAUAA